GGGGUAUCACUUCAUUCAUCUGAUGUCAUUGUAUGUUGUUUCAGAUGUAUGUGUAAAAAUGUAUGUUAUGUGGCGUGACGUACACUCAGAGUGCAGUUACUCAAACACUUGAGUCAGAGAGUUCAGAGUAACACUUGGCUAAACCUGCCACUGAUGAAGGAUUCAGCACCAGUGCAAUAAGGGGCAGAGGUGCCCAGUAUUUCAGAGGGGGAUGUAGAGCAAGUGACCAGGCUGUAACCUCCUCUCUGACUCUGUGUUGACAGAGUCAAAGGGUCGAGACCCUCUGCUGACUUUAUGUGGAGUGAAGAGAAGCUCCAGGUCCUGUCAGCACCAAGAAGAGGGAAAGGGAAGUCGAGUGAGGAGGAGACUGAAAAGACCACUAAUUGCUGCCCACAUGUGUCAGAUUCUUGUUUGGGUCUGCCCUGGGGGGGAACGGAGGAUGACUUUGAAGAUAGUGUGCUGAUUUCUACUCACAUGAGAAUCACCAGAGAAUCACCAGAGAAUCCACUUUCAUUUGGAGCAUUUUGGUUAGUCCCAGGCUAGUUUUUGAUACUGGCACAAAAGACCCAAAUGUUGUGAUAUUCUGGUAGGAUCAGUAGGGAUCUCACUGUUGGAAAAUUGAGCUUGAAAGAUUACUCUUAAUUACACGGUCAGAGAAACCGAAGGGAACAAAACACAAAUCCACUUAUCAUGUUUGUUCCCAUCUGCUUGUUAUGAGGCAUUUCCUGUUUGUUGCUGUCCCUCUGAACACUUCUUAUUUUCACAUCAUUAGUAUAAAUGAAAUACAGGAAAAAAGGGAUCACGGGAAUAAGACUGUGAAUCACACCAAAGUUAAACUCAAGAUAUUUUCAGCCGCCCUCCGUGCUCUGGUCUGUGUUAGAGUUCAAACAAAGUCAAAUGCUGUUCUCAUCAAAAGGGAAUAAGUAAGGAUGGACCUGUUUUCCUUCACGCCGAGCUGACAGAUGACUUUCUUUUUUCCCCGUACUUCACCCCCGGUGGGAUUUCCAAGUCAGGCAGGCAACUACCCCUGUCUCCACCACUAGCAGUAGCAAAACCCUGAGAAACAAAUCUUAUCUGCAUUUUUUCACUUUGCUGAUACUGGAAGAUCAAUAAACACAAAGUGAAAUUUGGUCUUAAGCACACACUACAACAAUAUAGAGGCGGCAUGUCCUUAUAUAGCAAUGACAUGCUGUUCAAGAAUAAUGGUUCUGAGUGCAGACAGCAGAAUUGGCUGCUGCACCCUGUUCUGGUGUCCCUAAUGAUGAUUGGAGUUUAAAUGAGCUUUCCUGGCCACGUGUAUGUUCACCAAUAGUUCAAAACACAAAGAAUAGUCAAUGAGGAAGAGUUCAGUGUCACCAAAAACUACUGGUUUGUCUGUGAGGGUUUAAAACGGAGUCUUAUCAUCAUAGGAAGCCUGUGAUAAAACAUUGUAUGUUUGUUGGCUCAGGAGAAGCUUUGCAAGGUCUGGGAGAUUAAGAAGGUUUUAUCAGAGUUAUUGCAGCUUGAGCCAAAGCUGCAAUACAUCUGGUUUAUAAAAUAGAGUUACAAAGUGGCAUUAAGGCUCAGAAAGUACAUGGACAUUUACCAGACCAAACAAUAGACUACAACUGAAUAUUGACUGUAGGGAAGGAAAGCUGAAAUUAGGGGUCAGUGAAUCUUGUUAUUUUGAACUGUAAGUCUGGCUAUGUUGUUUUCUGCUCAAUUUCAUAUCAGAGUUUCAUUGAAAGUUAUGAUAAUAAUGAUUGCCUUACCACGUGGAUAGGAUGGCGCCAUUCUUUAAGGUAAAAUUGGGCUUUGUAAGUUAAUUUCUAGGCUAUUGUGUUUUUAUUAAAUAAAGGAUGGUUGAUAGAGGCGGAAACUGACAAGGGAGAAUGGGCAUGGAAAUGAGAAGGGUCAAGUGGCUGGAAUUAAACCUGAAUCACCAACUUCAAGGACCGUGGCUUCCUGACAUUGUGAUUCAACCACCUGCACCUCAACAUGAAAUAUGGAUUUAUCAAACAAAGCUUUUCAACCAGAUCACACUUCUCGUGAUGAAAUGGGAGAAGCAGAUUUGGUCUGAUGAACUCUGUAAAAAUGACAUUGGCCCGAUCCAGCCCUGGACCGUUGUUGUUGUUGUUGUCUUUGUUGUCGUUGUUGAUGUUGUUGUUGUCUUUGUUGUCGUUGUUGUCUUUGUUGUUGUCGUUGUUGAUGUUGUUGUCUUUGUUGUUGUCUUUGUUGUCUUUGUCGUUUUUGUUGUCUUUGUUGUCUUUGUUGUUGUUGUUGUCGUUGUUGUUGUCUUUGUUGUCUUUGUCGUUUUUGUUGUCUUUGUUGUCUUUGUUGUUGUUGUUGUUGUCUUUGUUGUUGUUGUUGUUGAUGUUGUUGUUGUCUUUGUUGUCAUUGUUGUUGUCUUUGUUGUCGUUGUUGUUGUCUUUGUUGUCGUUGUUGUUGUUGUUGUUGUUGUCCUUCUGCUUCUUCUUCUUUUUCUUCGAGCUGUGUUUUUGGUCUCCACCACCUCCAACUGCAAAUCUAUGACUCUGUUGCUCCAAAAGUCCCCUGUCUCUCUGCUGUUUGAUGAUUGGUUGUUUACAGUAAGUUUUUAGUUUAUUGUAUUGUUUGUGUUUUUAGAUAUUAUUUAAAUACAGUCCCAAAUUUCCAGGUAUUAGACCAACAUUCAGCCGACUGACAGAAAACACCAUACAUAGUAUAUGUUUACUGCGAGCUGGUAUCCACCUUUACAUACAAGGCCUCUCCUUUUGUAUACAUUACAGCAGAUUCCUGAGAUGCUCACUGUAAAUAGCUUUCACUGGAGGGGAGGUUGUUAUUGAGCAGGGAGGGUCAGCCACUAUGACUUUAGCAUGACUCAAUGAUUGACUCUGUCUGCGAUGAAUGUUGUUCUGAACAAAGCUAAUUUCCUUCAGUUAAAGGGAUUCUCCGGGCCUGGGAUACACAGUUCAUCUUCAUUAAGUCCAGCUCAGAAAAGCUCCAGUGGCUGGAGAAUAUUAAUGAUAUGUUCAAAAAAGAGCGUUUGUGAUAUUGAUAGAAGAUGCCUCUGACUCGUUAGAGGACACUGAAAGCCUUGUAUGCUUGUAAUGCUGUCAUUAUGUCUGAGUGUAUACAAACAUUUAUGGGAGGUAGAAGGAGAAAAACACAUUAGAAUAGACUUCUAUGGAUAACAGAGGGAUAUGGCAUGUCAGGAUGAAAGGAGGAAACAUGCAGAACCACUUCCACACUCUCUAUACAUUGUUAACACAAAGAAAAACAAGCACGUGAGCUCACCGAGGUGUGUAAGAGGAUGAGGAAAGAGGAGGGGGAGAUGGGUGGGGUAGGGUAUACUAAAGUGAGGAAAUAGAUGGAAACUAAUCAGGGUCUUCCUGAGUCUCGGUCUGAGAUAUCUGCGGGGUUGAAGACAGGAAGGACUCCUGUAAACUGUCUCAGUCAGUGGGAGUUCCUGAGAUCACUGUCUGAUACAGAUACAGACCGUUUUCCUGUUCAUUUCAAGUGUGCACGUGUAAUAUAGAUGUGUAUGGAUAAUUACACAAUGUGGACGGCGACACCAGGAUAAGUUGUAUGAACAAUAAGAAGCUCAUUCUGCUUGCAAGCUGUUAAACGAUCUCCAUGUUUGUAGUUCUCUGUGUACACACAUUCAAAAUAUUUACACGUAGAAAUGGACAAGGAUAACUGAUUCUGCUCCUCAGUGAUUGAAGAAACACAUGUUUAUGUGCAGGUGUGUGUGUGUGUGUUUGAGUGUGUUUGUGUGGGUGUAAUGACAUAAUCCAGUAACACUGUCUGUAUGUAACAGAUAUCGAAGAAAACUGCAGGAUAGAGAUCAACAAGCUGUCAAAUAAAAUGUUUUUUUCAGUCGAUUUAAACUUAAAAAUAAGAGGCAGACAAUAACACAAGACAAUAGGUGUAACUGAGCCGUAAACAACUGGAGCUUUUGUGGUUUCCGUUAGGAUUUGGCAGCGUAAGAGGAAAGCAGUUAAGUCUAGGGUGAGUAAUAGUGGCUGAAAGGAUGACUUGGUGGGGAAAAAAAAGGUAAACUGAACACGGAAGUGUCUCAAAAAUAACAUAUCCUUAACUUCGAGUGGCAAACCCUGCAACUGAUUAAAGCAUUUUAUAUUUUCUGAACUGAAGUCAAGCUUGGGUUGUCAACCAAACUCCGAAUUUCAACACAGGAACUUUUUUAUAACCCUUUUCCAAGCAGUUGUAUUUUUAUUAAAGUAUAACCAUGUGUUUCCUAAACCACAAAUAAGCUUUAUUCCUUUAACCGGAGGCACAAAAAGCCACCUAAACUAUACCAGCAAUCAUUCUAAUUUGAACCAUGAUUUGUCCAUAUUACCAGAUUGUCUCGUGCCUUAGCGCCACCAAACCUUGACCAUGUAAUUGCAUUAUAAGACGAAUCUAUUUUUGAAUAUUGAUUCAUAGUGGUUGGAAAAGGCGCAUUAAAGCCUUGCUAGCCUGUCUGUGGAGCUUUUAUAGACAUGCCUUCAAUGUGCUGCAAACCAUUUAUGUUAUUGUCUAACAGAAUAUAACAUCAUACUUAAUCGAAAAUAGUGAAAACCUGUCAGAAAGGAAAAAAACAGCAUUAAAAAGCAACACAAAACUGUACAACACAUUUCAAAGAACAUGGGACAGAUUCACCAAAACAAAGAAAGAGUUGUGUAAAAGUUGUUGAGGCUCUCUGUCUGAAAGUUUGUUGCAAUAGUUUUCCAGGACGAUAAAUACUCCAUUCACCAAGUUUUUCUUAAAAGACCAGUUCGGGCUAUCAGUCUGGAUUGUCGUAGGCAUAUUUUCGGUAAAUACUCUUAAACGCUUGAAUUUCCCAAUGUUGUUUCCAUAUGGCACUUACCACUAAGAGUGUAAUGCCAGUCUUUAUUUUCUCCGCUGUAGUUAGAUGUUCAGCACACCUGCCCUCAGAGGAGUGGAAGCUCCUCUUUCUCACUAUCUCGAAAUAAUUGUAAUAAUAACAACAAACUAGUGCAAAAUUGCUGCAAUUCAGAUAAUUUUACACCUCCAUUACAUAGUGAAUGCAUGUGGCAGCAGACAUACUGUAUGGGUAUCAAAUGCAAGCAAAUCUAUGAGCUUUUUUUCUGCGUUAUUGUACUUCUAUUAUAGGAGCUAAGUCUGCUGCAUUCAGGGAGCUCCACUGGCCUCCCUGAACAAUUUUUUUGCCCACACCCUUCCUCCAAUAAUCCCACAAUAAUCUUCUGAGGACUUCGCUACAGCUGUGCGACCUUAAAAUUGGCAGCACUUUUCAGACUAUUUGUAACCCUGUAAGAUAGUCAUGAGGGGCUGAACUGGAGUCUGAAUGGUGAAAAAAAAACAGCGAAGCCAAACCAUCUAUCAGUAUUUAUUCUUUUACCCGCAAAUUUUCUUUUUUGUUUGUUUGUUUGUGUCAAUUAUUGAGUGGAACGAUACUUGGGAAUUGUUGUGUCCGUUGCAGCUGUGGUUUUAUGCUCGACACCUUAGCAACUUCAGGUCAUGUCAAGGUUUAGUAGGCUAUAGUUUUCUGGAUUUAAGGAAUCUGUUAAUGAUUCUCACUUUCCAACUGAUCAACAGCUAAAAAGAAAGUGAAUACUCAAAAUCUGCGGAUGAAGUCGAUGACAUACUUAAGUUGGGCCUAUCUGGAAAUGGAAGAUGAUUUCGAGUCUUUAUCUGACUGAAGAAAAACGUCUUCCAGGUGCUAGCUUAAGAGGCUACCAGAGAUGGUUGAGGACCUCUUUUUAAUAAAGUACAGUGGCCCCAACUUUCAACACUAACCCACAGCUGGGAAAGGAGUGUGGACCCCUGGGAAAUAUGAGCCUAGUCCUUGUAUGGAAGCUGAGUGUAAACUAGGUCUUGGAUCAGCCAUAGAAGAUCACCAGAGAGUAAAAAUCUGAAUGAUGAUUCCAUUGUCUUUAAAUUGUAAUUUUCAUGAUUUAGAAUGAACAUUAACUUUCAUUUGUAGGAUUAUUUUUCUGAAGCAGUCCUCAUCUAAUUGUCAUGGGAUACUAUAGGAACUAUUUGUAUGUUUAAAGGAGGUAUUAAUAGUAAUUCAAAGUGCAUGAUCAGCUGUUCCAGACUGACUUCUGCACAUUAAAACUCAACUAUUCUGGUCUAAUUGUUUAAUCGCUGACAGACUCAAGCAUCACCGAGCUGCAGUUAUUUUUACUGCUUACAAUUUUCCCAUGAACCACCGGCCCAAGCCCCCGCAAACGUAGCAUAUAAGGUCCUGUGCAUGAGUGAACUUCUUACAACGCUCCCUCCCUCCCGCCCACCUUCCUCCUCCUCCUGGUCCUCCUCCCUGUUUCUGUCUGUCCCGCUCCGCACAACAGACUCGGCUGCACGCAAUGGAACAGAUCUCAUCCCGAGUGGUGGAGUCACUCUGAAACGAGACCUCAGACAGUCAAACUGUGGAUGCUGCUACUGCUGCUGCUGCUGAACAGGAAAUGCCUUGUGGACUCUUGUUAGCUAUUUAGCUAUUUUACGUCUCUGGGGAACUGUAAUUUGCCCCAACAGCGAGCGUCAAACGGGAAAGUCCGGAUAUCUGAAGCUUUGCUGGACAUCUAUCAAGGGUGAGGAUGCUCGGGAUAAGGCAGCGUUUUACUUUGACAACAGCAGCAGUUGUUGGUGAGUGAUUUCUCAUUGAAAUUUUUCAUCAUCUGUGCUGAAUUUUCUUAUAAAUGUUGCUUGACAGACACACGUUUUCUGCCGCGUCAAGGUCUUCAGCGCGUAUUUUGCGCACACGCUUGACAGCAGCUUACGACUAAAAGCAUCAGUUAGGUGCGCCGCUCACGUUGCCUGUGCGCCCGUUACGAGGUGGUGGCACCACCGUGUCCUUGUAAACUGCCCCUAAAUACUUUCCUCCACUCUAUAGCCCAGAUGUUAUUUAUUCUGACAGAGAAGAAACCGCAGAGCACUUAAUUGUUUCUUCGUUGCAACAGCGUGGUCUUCGAAGCAUGGCACAGCCUCGUAAAACAGACACAUUGCAGGCAGUCAAAUUACUGUAUGAGGCUCUAAUUGGAUGUUGCUUGACGGUGUGUGCGCUACAUUGCCAAAGCAUACUGGGAAAGUAAGUUCUGCUGCCUCAAGGGAAACGUUUCUGCAGUGUCAUGUAAUCUGAUUUCGUCAUGUUUCUGCAGAAAUUUUUGCAAAAAGCACGAGUCAGAUCCUGUAGCAAAACAAAACCCUCUUGUGAAACUUGAUGGGGUUUCAUUUGUGAUAAUUAGAUUUUGAUUUUAAGGGGGGUUCAAGUGAAAUAAAUCUCGUCUUUACACCGGCUUCAAGAGGCAGAGGGGGUCUGCUUUAGUAAUGGAUAUGUAGAUGUGUUGGUCUUGUGGAGUCCCUUUGGUGAGGCUCAGGUUUAGCUCCAGAGCACCAGAGCUGAAUUAACUCCUAGGUCAUGUCCAAGUAGUUCAAACAUGAUGGAAAGUACCAGCGAAGUCGAGUGAAAAAAAAAAAAAGAGAGAGAAGAAGAAACAGAGCAAAGUCAACAGGGCAUGUCUCUUUUUAACUCUCAGAUUUCUAUGCUUACAUGUGACGCUGGCUUGUGAUGGUCAUUAGAGAAUUGAGUUAGAAAUGGAGGCAAAUGUGUGUGGCGGUGUCUGUGUGUGGACAGGGAUCAGCAGAAGCUUGCAUAGAAAACUGGAGAAGUCAGGUUUACUUAUCAGAUCCAGUGUGGACUUGUUGUUUAGCCCCUCAUCUUAUAUUCCUCCUUUUUUACUCUGAUUGUCCGUGAAUGACCCUCAUGUAGUUUGUGUCCUGUCUGUGUUUGCAUAUUGCACACUCAUACCAGUGCACAUGUCACUAAUGUAAUGUAGUCUGAGUUGUUGCCGACUAUGACCUCAGCAGGGUUACACAGGGGUAGAAGCUAUCUGUUUUGAGACCAUACUGGGAGAUCCCAUGUUGUGCUUUGGGAGCUGGCCCUGGCCGCCUCAGAGGCCCACAUGUGGUUAUUGUAGUGGCAGCAUUUAAUCUGGGUAAAUUCCUAACGGAGAUGGGGCUACAGGUGGUUUGAGUUUGGUGCUGCUGCUGAGGAGGAGGAGGGCAUCUGGCUUCAAUCAAUAUGUGCCGGACUGGAGUGACCAAGCUUAAGAAGGACGUGAAGGGCAUAAACGGCCGGAUGAGUGCUGCGGCUAAUGAUUUUACCAGUGCUGGUCGAUAAGCUUGUGGCUAAUUGAUUAAUCACCAGGUCAUUAAAGGCCCAUCAUGGCACCCAACAUCAUGUCUGGCUUGUCAGAUUCCUAGUUUGUGAUGAACAGUCAUUCAUUUAUGACUCGACCAACAACAAAAAAUCUGCAUUUACUUAACUAACACAAGCCUGAAAUGUAAAAAUGUUCCUACCUCUGUCAUACCAAGGCGCACUUCUUUUUUCCUCCAUGUAUUGAAGGUCUGGGAAGGCCGAAGUAUUGGAUAACUGAUCUCAAACAAGACGUUUUAAGGCACCACUGUUUCUGAGGGUUUGUGAUGUAUUGUUCACCAGAGCCUCUACGGAUAUUAAUGGGCCAGUUUACAGGGUUAUCACUGAUGUAUUAAGUGCUGGCGUUCAUGCUUUCCAGCAUAUACCACAAAGAAUUUCCCUUUGCAAGUCUUGGGUUGGUUUGGUAUUGAUGUCGUCACAUAGUUUGUCCAAUAGAGUUCAGUCUGACUCCAUAAUUUACAGUACUCUCAGCAGCACUGUAUGCAGCAGUAUAAAGACAAAGCAGGUAGUGGUCUGCACUAGAACUGGAUGGCUAAUGUUGUUCCUGAAGACACAUGGGCACAGACUCUGGACUGCCAUUCGAAACAAUGGCCAAUCAGGAAGCAAGCUGACAAAGGAAACACAACACAUGCGGUCAAGACAAUGGAAGUAAAUGUGAAGCAUGCACUUAGGACCUACUUCUUGAGGGUAUGGCACUAAUCUUAGAGUUCAGUGGAAAUGAAUGAUGAACCAGUUGGCUGUACCACCAUCCUGUUGUCUAUCAUGUUGGUUUACUCUUAAGUCAUGCUUUCCCGUGAGAAAUUAUGCAUGAUUCCCAGUUUUAAGGGUUGGGAAUCUGUUGUUGGUGAAAGGAAUUAAUUAAUGUUUUGUUGUGUUGGUCACACUAAUAGAAAAAAACUGUUCAAUCUGUCAUUAUUUGCUAUCAUCUGGAGUCUCUCACGUUCACAUCUGUUAAGAUUUUAAACAUCUUUUAGCGAAAGCUGGAUUUAAGUAUCUAUGUUUGCUGUUAUUUCAAACACUUUUUGAGACAUCCUGCUUUCCCUGUCUCUUGCUUUUAGUUGUACUUGUGAGUGGUACACUGAAGCUGUUAAUGCGAAGGUUUCCUCAGGGCAUCGAAUACAUCAUAGACAUCACACAUGGUUUCUGAAAACAGCCGCUGGACAGUGUGGAGUUCAGUCGAUCCUUUAUUACAUUAGAUGCGGUCCGUUCAGCAGCCUUAUCAAACAUAAUAAACACAGGCUAGUACUCAGGAUAUUUUUACUACAGUUUGUAAUUCAUUUGUUAAUGUAGUAAUUUCAGGAAUUUGUCUUUUUCUUGUUUUCAUGACCUGCAGUAGAAAACCAGUGCAGAUGGUUAAUUCGCUGAAAUCUGAGGUCAGUGGAUUUGAGUCAGGACAUUAAAGCUCUGCGUAAACUCAUGAGCCUGAGUCAUGAACCUGCAGCCUUCUCCGUCAUUAGCAAUCGUCCUCCUCCUCUAUUAUCUCUGCUAUCUGUCAUUUAAAUCAGUUCACUCCCUGGGUCACAGCAAUCAGCACUGAUUGAACUUAAACUGUCUGCUAGCAGAGAUGGACGGAUUUCCUGAAAUGUUACAAAAAUAAAGAUUUGAUCAAGUUAGUUUAUUUGGUAUUUCUCAUACUUUGACUUUAGCAUCCUAACUUAAAGUCUGCAGUCUUGGCUUGUUUUCUGUCAGAUGAUCAGGUUGCUCACUUGCAGUCACAGCAGCAACAGGGUGGCAAUUUAAAUAGGUACUUAAACAGUGUUAUAAAACAAGAAAAAAGUGUCCUCUUUUAGCAAGUUUUGGUGACUUAUCUGAUACAGUGGAGCUGCUCAUUUUCACAGCUUUUACAAAUGACGAUGUCUGCACAUGAGCUAGCACUUACCUCAUAGUUUACAUUUCCUGUCUGACCGUGUGACAGUCUGGGACUAUGAUAAACUGAAGUUCAGGGUGAUCCGAGCACUUGGUAUGGUAUGUCAAAUAAAGUGUUAAUGAGAAAUCCAUACAGUAUCACUCUCAAAUGUAGUAUUUAUUUUACAUCCAAACGAGACCAGGUUCAUUUUAAACACCUUCAGACUUAAAGAAGCCUCUAAGGGGUCAAUUAGGAAAGACUGAUUAACAUUAAGGAACAGCUAGUCUGAAUCUUAAGGCUAUUACAGAAAGUUGUAGGUUAAUUUACAAAGAGUUUUAGCUCUACAUAGGACAUAAGUCUGUGAUGAGUUGAAGGAAGUAUAAAUAUGUUGGUAUUUUCUUAAAAAAAAUAACACGAAAGUAACAUUUAAAUGCAGUAUUUCAACACUAUUUUGAACUCAUCUGACACUUCUUAAACUGCAUUUCCCAUGAGCACCGUCACACUCACAGCCCUAAAGAUGUGUCUCUUACGAAUGUGUGCUUUUGUUGUACAGAUCCAGAUCUCCUUUUUAAAUGCUUCUCUUUUUGUUCAAGACCAUUAUUUAUAAUGCAGAUUGAUGAAGUGGUGUAUUGAUUGAUAGCUUUGUAGACAACAUAACAGCAAAAGUCUGUUAAUUUUGAUUUAUGACUGUCUUGUAGCUUAUUGUAUAAAUACCAAUCAAUCCAUUUAAUCUUUCUAAACACAGGCCUGUCAAUCAAUCAUCACUGACAAAGAAAUACAUUCACAAAUGACGUCAUCAAUAUAAUAUUGUCAACACUGUACAGACUUUUAAAGCUCACCUCAGUGCUAUCUGAGUCCUUGUUAAAACUGCCUAAAGCUGCUAAAGGUGACUUAAUUGGAUGACUAAACUCUCACAAAUAGGUGAAAUUCAAGUGAAUGUACUCAAAGCAGCAGUUUGCACAGUUCUCUGCAUCCAUCUGCAAAACCAACUCACACCCAAACCAUAAAGGGGAUUGGUUGAUCCAUUUGUUUUUAAAGUCUUGACAGUUUUUGAAUCUCUUCAAUGGAUUUCUAUGGUGAAACACAAAAGCUUGUUGUGUUUCUGACUGAAGACAUGUACUUGAUGAUAGAGUCUUUGUAAACUCUGACACCGCCGUGGCAAGAACUGAAAACGUGUGGUUUCCCAACUGCAAAUAUAUGUGGUUGAUCGAGGUCAGCCAUUGCAUGCUCAAAUCUCCACCUACAAUUAGAAGUCUUUCUGGUAACAUCUACUGGCACUUGCUUUUGGAAAACACACUGACAGUGAUGAUUAGAGACAAUGUGGUCACAUUCAGGCACAUAGAAAAUAGAUUGAAAUGAGGAAAUAUUGAAAAUCUUGGGCCAUUACCAACUCAGACUCUUUUUGGUUGUGUUGGGCAGCUCUUAGUAAACAUUCCCAAGGUCCAGUUUCUAAAACGUGAGGAAGAAGUUGCAGCUUUUCUGUGCUUUCAUUUUAUAGUAAACUGAAUGUCUUUUAGGUUUUUAACACAUUUUAAGCAUAAGCAUGAAAUUGGAAGUGUUACUUUAGAUUUAAAACACUGUAAAAAUCAGUUUUCACAGGUCAUAUUUAUCAACAGUACUUCUUUGUUUAAGACUUUAAAUUUACACUACAAAAAAGUCUCUCAGCUAAAUUUACUAAUAUAUCUUUUUUGUGGUUUGUGUGUCGUUUAAAGUGCGUUUUUAAAGGGAAAGGUCACCAUUUCAUUGAAGUUUUUCACUUGGCAUUGGUUGAAGGUUCUACCCUUAUCAGGGAAGUAACAUGUGCAGCUCGUUCAGAUGAAGACAAGCUCAUGCGCAGUCUUGGGUGCAUGCAGAGUUGACUGAUUUAGUUUAGAUUUAGUGAACCAGGAAGGAAGUUUUGCUCUGCUGAUGUGCACACAAAACAAAAGGGCAUAUAUUUCCUUGAAGAACUGCGCUCAUCAAAUGUAGGUUCAAAGAUUUGGCCCUGAGCCUGUGAAACCACAAAGACCACCCACCCAACUCAGCUUCAUAUUUGACUGCUUCAAACCAUUACAGAUGUGGAACUGAAUUUGCUGUCUCUGCAGCAUGUGGCAACUAUGACACUCGUGGUGUCGCUUGCAAAAUGAAAAAUUGUCAAGGUCGGGUAAAGCUGGUGUUGUCAGCAGGCAGGUCACAUCAUCUAAGAGAUGAAUCGUAACUUUCUUAAUAUAUAUUCAUUAAAAAAUGUAUUAUUAAUUCAUUUUAACAUUCAUUGGAAAAACCUGUAAUCAACAUGGUGCUGUAGAGUGGUGGAGAGACAUGCUUGGGGAGGAGUAUCGUUAAAAGCAUCAUAAUCUGGAGACAUGUUAAAGCUCUAAUCCACAGUUGCUAGAGCUUUAACUUAACCUUACAUACUGUAAAAAGGGGAAGUAAAUGUGAAAACAGAAAAUGCUCUGAGGAAUUCAUUGAAGACUUAUUUAAAACAUGGCUUAAAGGAGAGAAUUAUGUUGAAUAUUAAUCCAUCACUUUGGUCUGAACUGAAUCUCAACAAUAUCCUUGGUGUUUAACAGACUUUUAUGCUCAUAGGAGGAUUAACCCUUCUUGCUUUUCUAACUCUGGAUGUGUUUUUACUAAAGAGCCAUUAUUGGCAUGUUUCUUACAUGACGUAUAUUAUUGAAAGAUUUUUUGUUCUGGAUUUCAUUUCUCCCAGAGGAAUUCUACCUUCUUUUUUUUUUUUUUACUAUAUCUUAAAAUGCUAGUAUUAUUAACUUAAUAAUGAAUACUUAAAAAUGUGCAUAGUCAUUGGGAAUGCUAGUAUGGUAGUAUGUGCUAUUGUUUGGUACAAUAUACCCAGUGUAGGAAUGCCAUAAUUGUAAACAAAGAUAUUGCAAUUGUGAAUGUUAGCAUGCUAAUUUAAGCAUAGGCAACUCAAAACCCUCUUUAAACAGUUUGAGAAGUUGGUUUGUCAGAAAGUUUUUGAAAGGUUUUGAGAUACUUUGGAAAAAAAAUUCUGUACAUGAAUGAAUAAAGCUCUAUAUCGUCACCAUUCACGAUCCUGGACUUUAAUCUGACACCAUUGUGGUGACAGUGUUCACUAAGUCAAUUAGUUUGUUUAAUCUACUGAUCAGUUUGGUUUUCUUACAGCCGUUCACACAGUCUCUCUCCAGUGCUUGCACAUGUGUGGAGCCUUAAUCCGGUUACAUUAUAAUUUGCAAAUAAAGAAAAGUAUAUGAAUGACUCUCAGAGGCACACACUGAGGUCGGGCUCUACCACAGAACUGAGUCAUGGCUGAAUCAUCACUGGUCUGUCUGUGCCAUAGCUGCCAGACGGGGUAAGCAAGAGAAAAAUAAAGACACUCUGGGUUGCCAAGGUAACGCUUGUGCCAAACCCUGUCUCUUCCUUGAAUGUGAAGCCCAGAAGUCUUUUGGUUGUAGCAGGACUUUGCUUUUCCCGCCUAUUUUUUUGAAAGCUGAGGGAAUAUGUUUCUCCUUUUGGUUAUGGAUGCAAGUGGUUUGCUUGUCGAGGGCCAUUAACCCACUGAAGUUAUCCUAAUCUUUCUAUAAGAGGCCCCUUAGCUCAAAAAUAAACAUGAUAAAAAGAUAAGUAGAGACUAAUCCUUUAAACUUCACCCAACAACACACACAAACUUUGUAAGAAAACUGAUAUCCGUCCAAAAAAACACGACACCCGUGAAGGUGGGACAUCACAUGUUGUGUCAGCUUACACAGGUCUUAACCUCCAGGAAAGGUCAAGCCACACACAGACACACACACGGUGAACACAUAAAAGCAUUUUGCGUGCUUCACACUUCAUCACGCCUAUUCUCCAGUCUGUUACAAUUAAGGUGCUUCAAGAACAUCCUAGUAACCCCGCUGAGCCCUUACGUAAUUGGAAAAAUAUAAAAAUCUUGUUUCAAAUACGUCAGAACUUUAAAACAUUAAGAUCAGUAUUUGUUUGAUACACAUUAGCACAUCAUCUGCAUAGAAAUGAGCAUCACUGCUUUUACCAGCAUUACGCCAAGCUAAUAUUAGUCAAACUUAAACUUUGUUUCAUACCAAAAAUGCAGGUUUUCUCUUGCUCUAUCUCUUCAACGCACUACUUUAUUAACAGCUUGUAUUUUUUGGUCAUGUGACCUCCAGCAUUGCGGAUCAGAAAUGCAGUGGGGUAAAAGAGAAGAUAGUUAGGAAUGAAAAGCUACUGGCAGGAUGAGGAGGGAGUUAGAAAGGGAGGCAUUUUACAGAGAAUUUAUCAUGGGGCGAGAUUGCAUCAUCUUAAGUUAGAUGAAAAACAAGGAGAAGAGUGAGAAGUUCAGAGGUCAAAGGGAACUGACAACCACAGCUUCUGUUUUACAACAGAGGGGAGUCUUAGUCUCUGCUUAUAUCAUGGUGCAGUGUUGGCUGGUACAAGUUUUUAAUACGGAAAAAAAAGAUAAUUAAAUGCUUCACAAAUCAGUCUGGUCUCGUUGACAUUUACAGUAAUUAGGACUUUUCACGGAACAGUGCUGAAAUCCAACUUUCCAGUAUGCUUAUAUGCAGUUAAAAAAAUCGAUUUACUGCCUUAGUCUGACUGAAACUGGAAUUUUUAAAAAUCACGUAAACACAUUAAUCCGUCAGAAAUCCCACUAAAUUGAACUUCUCAUGGUUGGACCAACUUAAGUACCUGAAUGAAUGGGUUAACACAAAGUCAGGUUGUAAACAAAAACCCUGUGAAAGAAACGCACAAGUACUCCUCUAAAUCAAGGGAAGAAUUAUCUUUCUAUCACAAAGGGAUUAUUGAUACAGAUCAUAUUUUGCCUUGCUUAAACUGUAACCUGCUUCCAAAUACUAAUACUCCUUGUACAGCUCAUAAUUAUAUGUUUUUGAAUGGAUGUAUGCCCUUUUCUGCUUGUUCCAAUCUGACAGAUGAAAUGUUUCCAUAUAGUCCAUCCCAGUCAAACAAACUACCCAACAAAGCUCGCUCACUCUGUAAAAAAAGAAGACCAUCAGGCACAAGGAACAACUUACGGGGAUAAUUUCACAGAUACUGUGUACAGUAACGGGUGUCAGGACCAACUUUUCAAUGUGAGUCAUGCAACUUUAGACUCCAGGGUCUAAGUUGAAGUUUGCACUCUUGAAGGGUGGAAAGGUUAAGAUGCAGAGCAGAGACUGAUGAUUCAAUAUUGCAUAGCCUUUUUGACCCUGCAGAACAUUACUCUUUAAAAAAGCCAUUAGUAUAUAUAUAUUGUCCCUUUUCUUAGACUGGACAUGACUGUGAAAAGCUUUUGUUUUGGGUGUUGGUCCUCAUAAAACUGUUUUCUUCAUAUAACAGGAUUUCAGCCUGUCUAGAAUCAUUUCCUUGUUUUUAUGUGUGCCAAUCAAGAUCCCAUCUCAUCGUGCCAGAAGAAACACUUAAAGAAGUCCUGCACAACACACACACAUACUUAUACUCCUUUGGGGCUCUUCUACCUGCUAAGUGCUGAUAGGCUCAGAUCUUGGAUGCAUGUGCUUGUGGUCGAUGUGUGUGUGUGCUCUUAUGUCUGUGUGUGUUUGCAACCAGAGCAAUGCUGCAUCUGUGCACCAGGCUUGCCCCCCCCUGCCCUCCACCCCCUCAGCCCCCGUAUCUCUCCCAGGCCAACAGCAGGCCAGAGCUAUCAAUCAAACUGGCAUCAUACAGGGAGCAGUCUGGAGCCUGGAGCAACAUGUUCACAUUAACCUCUCAGACGAGAGGCCAACACCAACGUCCACGCUAGUCAUGCUACUCUCCUCCCAGAGAAGAAGUUUCCUAGGAAAGAAAUGGGUGGCUGUUUGUAAUGUGUCAAGUUACUGCAGUUUAAAGAGGGUCAAAAUAAGCUUAGUCCUAUUAACCUGAUUAUUUCAUUAGGCCAAUUAUCCCCCUACCACUUUGAUUCAUAUGUUUGGGUCAGCUUUUAACUUAAGUCUAAUUAAACUUUACAGAAAAACCUAACAUGAGUUGUCAGCUAAACGUUGCUCAUAUUUGAAAUUGCACCAAAAUAGUUUAGCACAAGAUCCCUGAUAACCUAAUGAAUAUACACACAAAAUAACCAGAAAGGAGUUUUAAAAAAUCAUCUGACUGGUGCUCUUGUUUUAUAAAUAAAUGCCAAGUAGGAAACUUAAAAAUACUCUCUAUGAAACAGUGCAUGCAUAUACUUACAGUGUUUUUUUGCAGAAACUCCUGACUCAAAGCAAAGAGAGCAGAACCCGGUACCUGCUUUUUAAAACCUCCAGAGACUGCAACUGGAGCCGGUUUGUUGACAGCAGAAUGAAAGAGCCAGACACCAGACUGUCCAGACUGGACACUUAAUGUUUAUGUUCGAGACUGUAGAUAUUUUCCCUCUUGAGCUGAAGUUUUCGGCUGCACAUUGUUUAGAUGUAGCAUUAAAUCACCAAUUCCUGGGCGCUCACCUGCACAAAGAAAAUAAACAUUUUACACAUUUCUCAAUCACAGCUGUUAGAAAUCAAGCCUAUUCUACUUUAUUGUGCUUAAAACUUAUUUCUGUGUGAUCAUAAAAGAUAUAUUCGAUAGAAAAAAAAGUUUAAAAUCUGCUUCUUUAUGAAAAAUAUCUUCUUGCUUAGUACUGUAUGUACUCAACACAGGGAUUUUUGGUGCGCUCAACUCUGUCAUCAGUUCAUUUUAGUGUUUGAGAUAAAUGUUUGCCAGUAAUUCUUAAUCAUUCAACAUAUUCAGAGUGGGUGUGUUAAAGCCUGUGUGAUGUUUUUCUUAACUGUGCUUGAGCAGCAUAAAAAAAACUGUGAAAGAACAAUAAAUAAGGAGGAGUUUGACCUCUUGAACACAUCUCUGCAUUUGACAGGGAGUGUAGACAGGGGUAGGAGUCACUCCCGCUGAGACCAUGUCCACAUUUGUGUAGAUAUUUGAUAUAAUAUAGUCUUGACACUUUGUCUUUUCUCAUUUUGAGCUUCAAACUCUGAUUUUCUUCCUGUUUCGUCCCAUAUCUCUCCUCCUCUUUCUGCUUUCUGCUGUGUUCUUCUCUGUGAUUUCGUUAUACCAGAAACUACGGUCCAGUGCGUUGUUAAUGAAGACUGUAAUAAUGCCAAAAUCAAAAGUUUCUGUUGAAGACACUUCCUUAUUGCUCAUUGUCCAGUAAAUAAUAUAUUCUGAUAAUAUUUCCCACUAUAUUAUAUCCCACAAUCUGCUCAUGGAUUAGGAUAAAUUCAGAGUCUUAAUGUUUUCUUUACUUUUUCAAAAGAUCUGCAACACUGGAGUGAGUGAUGAACACAAUCAUCUGAAUAGCUUAAAAUUACUCAGUAAUUACUACCUUUAAAAAAUAGUAAUUAUAUCUUUUUUGAUGGAUGUCAAGUUGAAUUUAGUCACUGUAAUUAAUAUUUUCAUAUUUUAUUACUUGCCUGACAUUGCACGUCAUGAUAUGUUCUGGUUUUUAGUUUUUCCUUGGUUUUGUGUUUCCCUCAAGUGUAUUUCCUUUGUAAUAUUUUCCCUUGUGAUUCUGUUCCCCUGUAGUCCUGUCUUGUGAGUUUUCAGUUUGUGUCUGACCCCGGUUCCCUCAUGUUCUCAGUGUUUAUUGCUUUAUUUUGUUGUAGUUUAUUCCCUGUGUUUCUAGUCUCAUUUUACUUCCUCAGUUUUCCCUCCUCUGUGGUUGUCUGCACUUGUGUCUCACCUGCCUUUCGUUGCUCGUUUCCCUGUGUGUAUAUAUAGUCCUCGUCUUCCCUUGUUUCUUUGUUGGUUCACUGUGUGUGUUGUGUUGUAUGUGAACGUGUCUGUACUCCAGUAUCUCCAGUGUUUCCCCCCAGUGCCUUUGUUGGAUUUUGGAUUUUUUGGUUGGACUAUUUGGAAAGUAAGUUUUUGUGGUUUUACUCCCUUUUAAAUAAUUCUAUUUUCGUUCUGCAUUUUGGGUCCUUCCCUUCUUUGUUUCACCCUGAAAUGUGAACGCACAUGAAACAAUGAUAGUUGGCUUUUUAGCUAACAGCCAACGUCAAACCCCUUUAACAUCUCUUCCUUUUAAUUUGAGUCUGACUCAAGCAAACAAGAAUUAGAAACAUUUGCAAGCGCUGGUAUGUAUGUUUUUAGACUUUUGAAAAAGCCAAGCUAGCUGUUUCUCCCAGUUUGCAGUCCUUAAGUUAAGCUAGGCUAACGGCUAAGGCCAACAAAACCCCAGAACUGGCUCCAGACUUUCUGCACAGACAUGAGACCUAAUUAUCUUCACAUUCAUCUCUGAAAAAGCAAGCAGAUAGUCACUGUGUCUUUAAGAGCAAUCUUUUCCGGAUUAGCCUUAUCAGCGGUAAAACAAGCUAGCUUAAAAGCAGCACUUAGUAAACUCUCUGUUGUUUUCCCUAUAAAUUAAUAGCGUCAACCUGCGUACACAGCAGACAGUGAGCAGAAAGCACUUUACCGCUCAUGUAUUUAUCAACCUCUGAUUAAAAUUUAAGUAACAUAGAUAGUUUGGAUCAAUAUGUGUUGUUCUGUUAAGUAGAAAUUUGGCAAACAGCCAGUUACUAUCAUUAUUUAAAACACAAAGAAAUCCCACAGGAGCUCUAUGGAGCUAUAAUUAGAGUCUUAUAGUAUGUUUACACUGAAAGGAAGUUAUUCAGAUUAUAUACACAAGUGGAUCCUAAAGUAAUAGCUGUUAUUAUGGCCUUCUGACUUCACAGGAUUAAUCUACUUCAUCUUCUCUCUCUAUUUGAUUCUCGCUUGUGUCUCAGUUUCAUUUGCUUUCUCUGACUUUGCCAAAUAAACUUACAGCGAUGUUUUAAGACUCUUAGAUUAACAGAAAUAUGGAAGUUUUAGUAUUUUCUCUUACUGUUAGCAGAGUUUUAGCAUGAUUAUUUUAGCGUGUUGCUUAUUGAAUCUAAAGGAAGGUCAUUCUCUGACCCUCGGGUGUGUGUAUUUUUAGUUCCUCCAGAGGUGUUUGAUCUAUCCCAGAAGCCCCCUCUCCUCCCAGCUGCUCCCUGUGUAUUAAAACUGUUAUGAUCAGCAGAUAUGGCCGACAUCACAUGUGUACGUCGCUACGGUUAGGAGAGCAUCAACCACCCCUGCUGUAUACAGAGGGGGUUCGAGGGGGAUGAAAGCUUUGACAAGCGUCAGGGGGGAUGAUGUCAUGCGUGGGUCUCAGCUUGUACACCGACAUGUUUUCUGCACCAGCGAAAGAGACGGAGCUCUAGAGGAUACAUCUGGAGGUUUCACAGAGUGGAAUCCGACACCACCGAGCCGUCAUGUUCAAUCAAUGAAUGAAAGGAAGCACGAGGAGAGGCGAGAGGGAUGCUGGAAGUGGGCGGAGGGAGAGAGUAAGAUGAAUGGAGGGAAGAAAUAGUAAAGGGAUGGAUGAUGUUCCUGAAGGAAAGAGGGAGGGGAGAGAGAAAUAAUGAAUGAGUGGAGGAGAGGAAGCAGAUUGAAGAGUGAACAAAGUUGGAGGAAACAAUUUCGAGUAAUUUUGGGCUGUCAGUUGAUCGCUCUAUUUUGGUUCAAAAUGAAAUAACCCAUCAACUACUGGACAGACUGCGGUGACUUUAAUAAGGACUUGUGACUUUCUGAAACCUCGUCUUUCACUUCUGGGCCACAAGCAUGUUCAAGAUUUUCUUUCUCUUGUAAAAUAUCUCACAAGAACUUUAAUUCAUUGGAAGCUGGAAAUUUCCCAUCCGCUUAUGGUGCACAGAGGAUGAAUCCUACUCACUUUGGUAAUCUCUCUUGGCGUUAUUUAAAUUUUAUUUUUCAAUGAAAUGUCUCAGAAAUAGUGCGAUCAGUGAAAUCAACAUGAACCUCUAAAUUAAUCUUUUGUUAGGCGAAAUGGCAAUAAAAAUGAGAGUGGUGGUUUUCUCAGACUGAUGAUUAUUGUAUCAGGUUGACAAGCCUCUCUAGAUGUUUAGCUUGGUUCCUGUCUGGUUGACAUUUUGGCAUUUUUAAGUGGCAUUUAGCCCAGAUGCUGAAUAUCUAGGAAAACAUUUUAACAUAAAGACUGAGAUUCUUUCUGCAUGUUUUCGUAUUUUUGCCCUAAGUGCUAAUAAGAAAAACUGUUAGGUCAGCAGGCUAAAUGGAAAGAAGAAACAUGAUCAAUAUUGCUCUAAAAAAUAGAGCCUUAUAAACCACAUAUGCAAUGCAAGCCAUCACUUACAGAGUGAGGUAACUUACUUUUACUAUUUUUAAACCAAAGAUGAAUGUUGCAAAAGAAAAUGUGCUUGCAUUUCAGAUAUUUGUGAAACAUAAUGCUGCUGUUGUUUGCAACUUGUUGUUGCAACUCAGCAUUAUUCUGCAGUUUUGAGCACGUGAGCUGAUUCCUACAUAUGGGCUGUCACAAUAUCAGUUUUUUACCUUAUGGUUAUCAUUGUGGCCUUAAAUAUCUAGAUGUCCAAUUAAAACCACUCAGUCAUAUUGAGGAGAGACAAGACAAAGGUAUAUUUGUAUAGAUGUACGGAAUAAUGUAUAGAGUAAUGAAGUUUAGCAAUGCGUCUGAUAUCAGUCAAAGCAUCAUCAUCACUAGUUGAAAAACUGUUUUGGUCGACCACCAAUCUGUAUAUGCUUUUUUACGUGGCAGAGAACGGCAUUUCAAAAGUGUGCAACAUGCGCACUCAUUCUGGACAAUGCUCUGUACAUGCAUUAAUUUAACUGAACAUGAUGUAAGCUCUACAUUUGAAGGUGACAUCUGUUAAAUGUCCAGCCAUUUGUCUUCUCACAUGCAGGUUUGAUCCUUCAAGUUCAGGAGUUCAAAGCAUGCGUGAAAGUGCGCUUAGUUCAAAGCACUGUUUCCUGCCUCAUACAUCCUGUACUUACUCAAUGCAGCCACAUUCUUGUUCCUCGUCAUGCUGGAGUUUUUUCUUUUUCACUUAUGUAUAUCUCUUUCUGCUUGCAGGCAUUAUCAGUAGAACUCAGAAGAGUUUGGUCCCUUGUGAUUUCCCCUGCAUAUGAUAACACUAACGCACCCACAUUCAUGACCUUUGAGUCUGCUGCACGCCCACAUGCUGCACAUUUGCCAAGAAAUAAGCAGCGACUGAGCAGACGGUGUAACGAGAAAAUUAAGUCAGAGAAUGACGCUGAAACCUUUCAGUCUCUUCAAGCUCAUCUUGUGACUGACCAUUCCUAAGAUGAUUAGCGAAGAGAGAGGGACUGCUGUUGGAGCAUGAAAGGACAAGAAAAUGAAAAAGAUGCAGAAAAUGAGACACUCUGAGGAGAGAUGGUGCAAAAGAGAAACUGAUAAAGAUAAAAGAACAGAGGAGGGAACCUGGAUAUGUUUCAGUUUUUAACGCCAGGCGGCCCACGCCCAUGCCAGAAUAUGAAGCUUCUUUUUCCUGGCUGUUAAACACCAGCACAUGCUGCAUGAAGGUCCCACCCAAAGCCCCUUUUUCUUUGAUGAUCAGACAUCAAGUCCGUCAAUUUUCUGCUUUUUUUUUUAACCCUGAUGUACAUCAACAUCAUUUCUGAGCCACUACAGAUGUUUAUUUUGAUCUGUCUCUGGUCAACUUCACAGCUUGUUUCAUGUUGCAAGAUACUGGGUAGAGUUUCAGGCUGACUUCAUGACUUUGUUGCCCACAGGUGUUGGUUUGUGUACAGCUUUAAAGCCCAUCAUAGCUGGUUAGAUAUGUUAUAGAUGAGCAGGUGUCAGUCGGGUGUGUAGCUACGGUGAUUGAACGAGGCUUUGAAGCUUACAGGUGCUGACUCGAGGUCACUUUUAUAGCCGGUUUGAUGUCUCCCAGGCCAACAGGUGCUGAUCUGUGCUGCUUUCCUCCCUGCUAGUAUCAAACAGAUCUGACUUAAGUGACUUGGGUUUUAUGUUUUGCAGAAUUGUUAAACGCUGAUGUGGAGUCGCUCUGGUUUUGAUGGCUGUUGCAGAGAGAGCUGGAGGGUUUUAUUGUGGGUUAGUGUGGCUGACAGACUGCCAGGGUCAAUCAGGUCCACAUGGGGCUUGACUAAAAACAGACCGAUUGGUUAGUCGUUGCAGUUUCAUGGUUGUGAUAUUUAAACAGAAUUAGGCAAGACAUUUCUGGUGAGCAACAAUUAGAUUUCUGUUACGAGACAACCAAAUACAAACGCUGUGUUGUAUCUGCGAGUCUCUCAUGUCUAUUGAAACAGGAGUGAUGAUAUCAGCUCUGUGAGCCUACCCAGUGGCUACCAAAACCUAACAGCACACAUGCUGCCAAAACUGGUAGAAACAUGUUAAUGUAAGCCAGCUAUUACCAGGGGUGUGCUCAUAGGGGGUGGUCAGGGGUGACCUUGGCCCCUCAAAUGGGAUUGGCCACCCCUGGUGCUACUUCAAAAAAUCCAAAAUUAUGAUUUGUUUUGUUAUUUAACCCAGAAGUGUUCAUACUCACAAGACAGGCUAACACGUUACGCUAACUACGUGACUUUUGGUUGCCAUGCCUGAAUGCACAAUGUGUUUUAUUUACUUGUAACUCCAAAUGGGACCAUAUAUGUAACUAUAUCAACACUAUACUGCAAUGAAAAACAUUUUAGGUAGCUCUACCUAGUGUAAAUUUUGUUAUACUGUUUAUAUGGUAGAGAGAGUGAGCAGAUGUCUGCUGCAUCUCUCUGAGUCAGUGUGUAGUUGUCUGCGCUUGCUAACAGGAAAGCCGGAGCGCAUCUGCUUGGGUGCUUUUCCGUAUAUUCACCAGCGUGUUGUGCAGAGUUUGUUCCCUCUGUUGGUUGGUCAGGUUUGGGUGCGCUUCCUCAUAAUCACCAGCGUGUCCAGCAGACCGCUUGGCAUAGUUUGGAUGAAGAAGAAACAGCUUCUCUGGUGGUCGUGGCAGACGCGGAGAUUAGUGGCAGUACCAAGCGAACAGAGGCAGCCCAACACGAGGAAAAGGAGAAAGAAUUCUCAGCUUUAGAAAAUCCGACAAUUAUCAAAAAACAAUAAUAUGCAAAGAGUGUUGCGUGGCUGUCGAUGCUGGAGGAGGAAACACUACCAACCGCUCCCACCACCUAAAGAUGAAACACAUCAAGCUCUAUUAUGGGAGCCAAAAGAUGCGUGGCGCACCUGCUGCACCAAAAAAUAAAGUUGCAGCAGCUCCUCUCACACAAGAGAGGAUGCUAUAUGAUAAAAAAUCAACAGACUGGUCUGGCGUUAUGUUUGCAUUUAAAUACAAAUCCGAGUUUAAAAAUAAAACAAAAAUGAAUAAAUGCGACAGUAUGGUUAUUUGUAAGCCAUUAACUGAAUUUACAGGGGGGAAAAACAUACCGUCAUAGACCUUUUACCGUGAUAUGAAAUCAAAACUUUCAAGAAAAGAUGCCUGAGUUGUAUCCUUGGAGUUGCCCCCUGCUGGCUGUUAAAAAAAUACAAGUUGUGGCACUCAUCCAACAGCUUUACCAAGAGACUGCCUCCACUUCCUCUACAAGCACAUGUGCAACAUAAACAUGUUGUGCAGAUUUCAUGGAAUAUCUCAUAGUUCUUGAUUUAUUUCAAUGAUAUCUUAGUAUAAACCAAAGUGAUGACAUAGCUAAAAUGCAUCUCCUUCCUCCGCUCCUUCCUGCCCAGCAUGUGUAUUUGAGCACAAUAUGAAUCCUCAAGACAGUGAUGGACAGCUUUACAUGCCAGUACCUCGGAGGCUCAUGAGGCCAUUUCCAUCCACAUAAGACAAAGUCCAGUUAUUGGUUUUCCAGGGCAGAUGUUCCCCCAGCUCAUGAAAAUGGCCAGUUACAUAACUCACUGGUUUUGAUUGAAGCAGGACGGGAUAAGGAGACAUCAAAUACAGAAAAAUGAGUUUGGCAUACACAAAAGACAUGCUGGCUGAUAGACAGAGGACAUUUUGGUGUAAUUUACAGCUCAGGCCGGCUUGACUCUGAAGUGUACUUGAGCUUAGGCCGUGAUAAAUGGAAAAAGCCUGGCUGGCCUAAAGCCAUCUUAAAUCAGCUAAAUUAACUGUGUGUGUGUCUGUGUAAGUGAGUUUGUGGGCGUGUAUGUGUGUGCAACUUUGGAUUUGAGGGGAUGUCUAUAAUCAGGUUAAUAGGAACAGGAAAUGGAGAUUCUCAGAGAGAUGCAGAGGGGCAACAGAGGAAGUAGAAAAAUGAGCGAGGGAGAAACAGGGGGGAUAAUAUUUCUUGGCUGGGAUUCCACUGUAUGACUGUGCAGGUCCACUUCUCUCCCUCCUCUGUAUAUCUCUACUGACCUGAGGGGAAUGUAAAGAGCAUAAUCUUAAAUGUGAUCAACAUCUAAACACAGCGGCAUGAUGACUGGCAGCAGUGUGUUUUCAUAAGUCCUGUGUUUAUGAAAAGCAGCGAGAGGGGCUGCUAACAGACCUAAUUGGAUGUAAUUCAUGCAUCUCAUGCUCCAUGAGUUAUGGUCCGCAUACAUGAGCGCUGAUCCCUGUACGUGUUGCUAACAUGUGCAAGAGAAUACGCCACACAUUCAACAGCUCUCACACUCUGUGUGUACUUGAAUAUUGUGGAGAGUAGAUUGUGCAACCAGAACAUGUUCAACUAUUUAUAAAAAAUGUACAUUUGGAAUUAUGAGAUGAAAUGAUUAUUAUCAUUACCAGUCAGAGAAAACACUCACAAAAGAAGAAAAACCUAAAAUUAGAAGUGAUGUGAGACAGUAUGAUAUACCACAGCACAGUACAGAACAAUGAGAUAAAAAACAACAUGUCAAGACAUUUUAGCGUUUUACUAGAUAUUCAGAUAAAAGUGUUUAUGAUGUCCAUCUUUAGUUGGUGUUUUUUUGUCUUGUAUUUAUUCGACCCUAUCCUGGAUGGCCGAUAUUUGAAUAGACAUUAAAGUUUUAUGUUAUGUAACCUAAACAAAACAAAAAAAUAUACUAAUUUUCCUUUUUUCUCACUUUAUUUUUUAUUUGAUUGGCUAUACUAUAGUGUGUUUUCUGUUGUUUUUGGCAGCAGGCCUUUCUUGUUGAUGUUUCCAACAUGUUAGAGGUUGAUUGCCUGAUCACCUGCACAUGUGUGAGAGAGAGCGUAACCUAUGUAAGAUCUGUGUCUGAGUAUGUAAUGAUCUUGAAGGGGGGGCCAAGAAACACUAUUUUUGUAAGCACAGUGUGUGACGGCACAACGGCAAAGCUAACAUGUUGGUACCUCGUAGUUAGCAUGUUAAGCAACACUGUGUGAGAAUGCAAUCUUUUUCAGAUGCUAAACCCGAAAGCGGUAGUAAAUUAUGGUUUGGGGUCAUGAUGCGAAUAACAAAACAAAAUUUAGUUUUGAUGAUGGUGGUAGAUGAAGAGUCAGAUGACCUCGUAAUUCACUCUCAAGAGGAACAUGAAUUGUCUCAAAUGGUUGUCAGGAGAUUUAACUCAAAAACAAACAAGUUUUCAGGACUGACUGACAAACUGAAAAACAAGUUUCUACAUAAAAUUUCAAGAAAAUCUGUCAUAUAUGGGUGGACACAUUUAAGACUUGACAGCAGUCUUGCACAGACUGCCUGUGGUGUCAUUUUCAGAGCUACAAUAGUAGCGUGGCUACAACUCUGUAAUUACUUUAGCAGUGCAGUCCAGACUCCAUAUUGUAGUCAUCUUUGGGUUGAACCAGACCAGACACAUUGGCUACAAAACAUCAUCAUCAGAGAAGAAAAAGCUGCUUUUUAUUUGCGCUUCGAUGUAUGUGGUCUGUGUCUGCCAAGUCCUUUUUAUUCCACUGUUCGGUCUUGACUCCUCUGCACUCCUUCACAAGUCCAGGAAUUGAAUAAAUUAAACUUGAGGAAUUCCCUGGUUCAGUCGAUAUAAAGAGUGUCAUUGUGGUGGAGGCACAAUGAGACAUGGAUGGAUUUAUAUAGAGCCUCUGUGAUAUAUAAUCAGCUCAGUGACAGACGGGUGCAGACUGCGCUCAGUGCAGAGAGGAAACCAUUGUCCUGCAGGUCAGACUGGACUCUGACCAGAGUGCUUCACAGUGAUGUCUGAAAUUCCUCCAGUGAUCUCCAAAAUCACUUUGUGUGAGUGAGUCUAAGUGUGUGUGUGUGUGUAUGAGUGUGUCUAUCUCUGAAUACAGUAUAUUACCAAGACUGUUUGAUAAGUGUAAGAAAAUACUGAUAUAUUUGAUUAUUGUUAGAGUUUGUUCAUUGAUGCCACCAAUUUCCCCCCAAAUUUCAAAUGGAUUUAAAAUCUUUUAAAGAAAAAAAGGUGGGCGGAUUAUAGUGUUAAUAAGUAUUAUUUAUUUAUCCUUUCCUGAUUGCAUCAUAAGCAUUGAAUAAACAUUCAGUAUUAAUGUUUGUAAUGACUGACCUUUUACUAAUUGAGAAUGUCAAUACACAAGUCUGCAGUCUCAAAGUUGGAUUAUUUAUUAUUGAGUAAAGUAAUUCAAUCUGAGUUCAUACAGGAGAGCAGUAAACAACAGUCCCUGGCAGCCGUCCAUAACCUUUUCUCUCCCUCUGUCCCUGCAGCGCUGCUGGCCUGCGUGCUUUCCUUCAACGUGGACCAGAAAAAUGGUUUGUCGUUCGACGGUCCUCUGGAGGACAUGUUUGGUUACACCGUUCAGCAGUUUGAGAACAGCGAGGGGAAAUGGUGAGUGGCAUUAACUACUGUGCUAUUUCAAAGAGACCUAUAUUAUACUCAUUUCACUUUUGAUAUAUUUAUACUGGUGUCCGUGAAAACCAUCAAGUCAGCGUUAUUUGGCUGCAUCCUGAAACAAUUCUUUUUCGGCUGUUUCUCCACCGAUAUAAAGUUCGACACAGCUUGUGGGUGUUACUUUUUACACAGCUUCAUUGUCACGAAAUAACCUGAAAGUUAUGCUCUCAAAGAAAAUGUCUAAAGCUAGCUGUUAGCUCCUCUUCAUAUCAUCUGCUAUUAUUGUGCCGUUUAUAGUGUGUGAUUCUGAGCUUUCAUAGAAGGUCUUUAUUGAUGGAGCAGCCCCGGGUUUCAGUAACAGCUGAGAUGCAAAUCUAGCUUGUACUGGUCUUUGUUUACGAAAGAGUAAUCAGUGAAGAAGACAAACAGCUGUUGUUGUUGUGGCUGUUGUUCAGGAAACAUGAAAACUUCCCACUUUUUUCUGAUGCUUUGACUUUAGGGAGAGAAAAUAGCCGUGACCUUCCUUCUCAACCAGAAACGACACUUAGAAGAAACUUUCUGAGACAUACUGAACCAAACACAUGCAGAGUAAAGGAAUAAGCCAACUGGUGAAAUAGACUUUAAGGGUUAUAUACAAAGGCCUGUGUCCACAAUGUUAGCACUUUUUUUUCAGAAUAAAACCAAUAUGCCGCAGAGUUUUGGUACUCUCUCUAACUGACCAAUCAAAAUCAAGAAGACAAAAAAAUCAAUCACUAAAGACUUUGAUUACCAACUUUGUCUGAAUAAUUUAACCUGACUCAUUUUUUCAAGGGUAAAUUUCAGGAUAUAUAUUAUCAGGAUCAGGAUUUAUAAAUAGCCCUUAAAUAAAGUAAAUUUAUAGCAUACAGAUCGAAACAGAUGUUAACCACUUGAUGGGUUUAAAUAGUUUAAAUAGGUGGGACAUAUGCUCCAUUAAAUGUCAGUCAUGAUGCAACAAACUCCUCCUGAGAUGAAAGCUUUGUCUGCAGAAGGUGUCUGACACUGAAGCCAACUGCUGCUGUUUGCAAAAUAAUUCGCUCGAUUUAUCAUAAAUUAUUAUAUUUUAAAAGAAAAAUGUUAUCUUAGAGCCUGUUAUACAAUUUUUAUAACAUCAUUUGCUUUCACUACACCGAUUUCAAUCAAAUCCUCAAGGUUCACACCAGCGUGAAGUCCUAGUUCACCUGUAAAACCGUAAAAAUGAAGGAGAGUGCACCAGCUGCUGCUGUAAUGAGGAUCUUUGUCUUUACGACUCUGGCUGUUAACUGUAAACUGCCCACCAGAGUGUCCACAUACCCAGCCUGUAAAUACACUGAAACCAAGCAUCUGUGACUCCUUGCUGAAACUGUCAGGAAGCACAAUUUUAAAGCCUCGUUUAAAGCGCCAACAGCAAAGUUAAUCGCUCUGUGAGUCAUCGUCUUUUCACUACAUAUCUCCUUUAGCUGCUCCAGUCCUAAUAUCCCAAUGUAUUUCCCGCCAACCUGUUGCAACACCACGGCUCAUAAUUUUCGCCCCUCCUGGUCUGUACCUGGUGCUGUUAUGCAAUUAUGCCCUUAUCAAGCUCAUAUGAGAUCAGUUACAAUAAUUCACUCACUUCUGAUCAGUGGAUCCAGCUGUUGCGAAACCUCCAAAUUGUUCCCUGAAAACAUGUUGGCUCUGUUGCAUCUCAAGAUAGCACGAUUUUGUUGCAGUUCAGAGAAAACCCAGGAGAUCUGAGUGAUAAGGGGCCCGAUUAAAGAAGGUGAACCUUAGAUCCAACAUGGGCGGAGCAGGCACAGAGCAGAGGGAGGACAUUACAUAUGAAAGGAGUGAGCAGGAACAGAUGAUAGAAAUAAAACAUGAGCGAGAAAAAAUGUUUAUGAGAAAGAUGGGGAAAGUUUAGAGGAAUUAAGGAGGAGGGCAAUAAAAUUAGAGAUGAUAUGUAGCCCUCAGUAGAAGAAUACUUAAGAGAGAAAGAUCAUGAGGCGAUGUAACACACAGGUUACCCUUAACAGAGGAUGACUGAUGAGUAACAGAUGUCUCCUCCUGACCUACGCCCUUUAGCUCCAAAGUGCACCUCAGCAGUGAUGAAAGGUGGAUGAACUGCGUGGAGAAACUGUGGUACAUUUAGCAGGCACAGUUCAAAAGUAAAUCUUCCGGCUUACCGGGAGUGUUGCCCCUUUUUCCCAGGACUGUUGAUCUAAAACAAGUCAAAUAAAUCAGCUAAUGUCAUUUUUAAAAGUCGUUUACUUUUUAUCAUUGAGCUCAAAUUUCCUCACCCACCCCAAAGUUAGCCCCUUGCUCCAUUUGAUAUGACAGUUUAAGAGAAACGUGUGUGUUAGAGAGUUGGCAGUGAUUUGCAGCCUUCAUGUCAUGUUGGGGAUCAGUCCUAAAUUUAGUGUAACAGGGGCAGCAGCCUUUGUAUAAAGGGGCACCUGCUGUACCAACAGAGCUGAAGAGGCUGGGUAUGGAUGCAGCAACAGAGCCUCUCAUUACACUAUGUCAGCAGAUGUUUAUUUUACAUAUUAAAGGUGAUGCAAAGAUAAGAAGUCAACACUAUACCUUGGAUUUUGGUAUGUAUUAUUUUUUCAAAACACUGAUCAGUAAAACAAACCAUCAAAACAUUGGAGUGACACGCUGUUCAGCUUUGUGUGACACAAAUAUAUUAUAAAGACAGUAUAUAUUUACUAUUGAAAGUAUAAAGCUGUUAUGUUACAGAAUUAAAGUCAUUUUACUAAGCAGUUGAAGUCAUAAAGUAACCGGGAUGAAGCUGUUAAUUUAGUCAAUCAUCAGCCACAUAAUGCUGCUUCUAAGGGGGGAUACCACAAGUCUCAUGUUUUUGUACAACCUUGUCAGAGUCCACACACUUCCAACAGUGAGCUGCUGCUGAACCACAAUUUAACAAGAUUUAGGCAGCUGGCUGUUCAAGAUAAACCACAACUACAACUUUAUCACAACUUCAUUCCCAUGAUACAAUGACUUUAUUCUCGUUAUAUCAAAACUUUGUUUUCAUAACUUUACCACAACUUACUUUAUACUCAUAAGAAUCUGACUUUACUACUUUAACCUUGUAAUAUAAUGACUUUAUACGACUUUAUUCAUAUUAGAUUCAGACUUUUUUCUUUUUAACGUGAAGAUUUUUUAUUGACUUAUUCCUAAAACUCCCAAAUUCCUGAAGGUUACUCCCAGUCUUUUAUUUCAAAUUUGUCUGAUGUGAAUUUUUCCCAAAUGUGCUUCUUCUUCCUAUAUUAGAUUUGUACCACGAACAGCUUAUGUCAGGGACCAUUAGCUUAGUGUAGCACCUGUACUGGAGGCACAGGAAUACAACUAGCCUUUAUAUUCAAAUGUACAUAUUUCAUUUGAUUAACAAAUACAGCAAGACUACAAGUGUGAAAUGAGUUAAAGUGAAAAUAACAAUCUAAAAUAAUCUCCAGUCAUGUAUCGACACGUUAAAGAGUAAGCUGCUUCAUAUUAAUCAUGAACUGAUCAAUAGUGUUGUAUCUUUUCUCACAGGCAGCAGUGUGUGGGCAGAGCAGAGAGGGCUGUUGUUGUUUCUCUCUGAGUUUCCCUUCAGAUGACCAGGGCCCAUUAGAGCGCAGGAAUGUUAAUAAGCCUGAGUGUUUGGAGGAAGGCAGAUGACAGACUUUUUUUUUAGCAUCAGUUUACAGAUGCAGUUACAUGAUGUUAUGACUCACUCACAAAGACGUAGAUGUGUGUAACAUAAGGUACACACCAUCUACACACUGCUCUGCAACAUCUGCAGCAUGUCAUACAAUUAUAAUGAGAUGAUAAUUAAGGGUUUUUAUUUUAUUGGGGGUUCAGUUUUAAACAAUAAUUAAAGGGUGAUAAUAUAAUAACAAGGUGGCCACAGAAUCACGCGCCAUUUUAAAUAAACUUAAACAGAUUUAUUAGCCAAUCAGAAACGGCAGUUCAUGUGCAAUUUAACUUCACUGGUGUAAUUAAGGCCAAUCUGAAUGGUUGGGAAAUUAGAUAAUGUUUUUAACUCGCCAAUGUUUAAUUCUCACAACAAUACUGGAACCGCACUUGUUAUCGUGAUUGUAAAACUGUGUGGUUGUUGGCCGUAUUUCUAACCAGCCAAUCCUGUGUGUUGUUUAUUUAUUCAGGGUUCUGAUUGGAUCACCGCUGUCGGGGCAGCCAGCUAAGCGGACUGGAGACGUUUACAAGUGUCCUGUGGGGACAGCAGACAACAAAUGUGUCAAACUGGAGCUGCCUAGUAAGAAAACUCUCUGUCUGUGUGUGUGUGUUGAGUUUGCUGUUUUGGUGCAUGCACAGUUGUGGAAAUAUAUGCAUUAUAUUGUCGUACACUUAAAUAUGUGAUGAUUAAGCAAACAAGGAAUAAUAAACUUCCAUUUAUUUCAUGAUCUUUACAGGGAUUUUGGGAGGAUGCAAAACUUUCCUCUCCGGUUCCAGCUUCUUAAAUUUGUACAUUUGCGUCUUGUUAGUCUUUGGGUUUUUGUAUAUUUGCCUAAUAAAACAAGACAUCCAAAGACGUCACCCCUGUCUUUAGGAUAUUAUAAAUAGAAAAAUUUACCAAAUAAACAGAUCAGAUAAUUGAGAAAAUAAUCCAACCAUUAUCCCAUAAUGAAAAUUUGUGGUUGCUGCCCUGAUUUGCUCUAUUUUGUUGAUGUUUCUGUGUGUUUAAGUUUACUGUAUAUCUGAUGGGGUCUCUUGGGCGGAAAUAAGGCCCAUCUGAAUGGGAAGAUGGUAAAUAAACAAGGUUUAAUGUUUCAGUCAGUCAUCUAGUUUUAUCUCAACUAAGCAGAUAAACACAACUUAGCCCCCAGUUAGCUGUCUGUGCAUAUCUGCGUUUCUUUGCAGGACUAUGAGAACCAGAAUAUCUGAAAACCAACACUCCCCCUCAGGGGUUUAGAUUUUUCACCACAGCUGUUCACACCUCUGAAUUACUAAGAGUUCUGAGUCAUAGUUCACCUGCUGAGGGUAAACUAUUGGCUUUACUGACUGUAAGUACUGAUCAUUUGCAGACAGGCCUGGAAAUGAUACUCCUCCUUUAACCAGGGGGGAGAGUACUGUAUUUGUUUUAUCAUAAAUGUGAGUUCAACAGGGAAAAAGUUUAAUCUCACAAACUCAAGUUUAGUCUGGGAAACAUCCACAGGGAGUUGAUGAGGCUGGCAGUCGGAGCCAGACCACUCAGCAAACAUCCAGGAGUGGUUUAAAAUAAAGAUAACAUUAAAUGCUGUGUUUGGCAUACUGAAGUGAGUCAUGAACCUCAUGACUUAGUUUGAUAUUUGUAAUUUUGAGUAUAUUUAGGCUAAAUGUAGAGUUAACAAUCCAGUGCACAUGGCAGUUAUCUUAUUUUGAUGCCUCAUUCAUAAGAAAUACAUAGCUAAAACAGGCCAUGGUUUAAGUUUGUGAUAUAAUAUAAAAAAGUGUCUGAAAACUAAUAUUAGCUUUUGUUCAGCCAUACCUAAAUGGAGAACAUGUGUUUACUUACACUGGAAAUAUAGUCCCUCUUGAUUUUGUCUUUCAUGGUGUCAAAUCAAUCUGCAUGCUUUUGCUUUCUCAGCACAAAAACAAUGUAAUAGCAUGAUAGCUGUCCACCCUUUUAAAGGCAUGUCAGGGGAAAUGGCGCCCAUGUUAAUAUUGUGAUUGAGUCUGUCAAUCACUUGUCAGUCCGAUCCUUGUAAUUUAAUCAAUGCCCACUGACAACACCCAAGUCUUAACUCCCGGGGUUUUUACAUCAUUCCAGUCCAGGAUAAAGAUCUGCCAAACCAUAAUGAGCAAGAUAACCUAAUGUGGUAAUGUUGUAAUUUUUAAUCACAUUUUCCUCAGACCAAUUACACUGGAAGGUGGUUAUGCCGUACUGGCGAGGGUCCCAACAUCUGUGAUUUUUGACGAUGUCUGCAAAACAGAACUGCCGUGUGUGAUAAAAUGUUUUCAAAUGACAAAAAUAAAGGGUAUAAGUUAGCUGCAUAAUUUCAGAUUCAGAUAGAAUUUAAGUUUGUGCACCUAAAGUGUCAUGAAUGAGUUCACAACAUCAACUGUGUAAAACAUGGAUGUAGGCUCAGUGUUUUGGAGCCAUUUGGAAAUGCUGAUUAAACCAAACUCAUGCUUGACCUAACACAAGAUAAAGAGGCUGAGUUGAAGCAGGACUUGAUCCGCCCUAUUAACAGCUUCAGAAAUGAGCCAUUUGAACCAAAAUCUUGGUAUUGGCUUCAUUUCUCAAGACUAAGGUUGCUGCUUAUUCAAAAAGUGUUUGUAGAAAACAUUUUAUCAUGUAUAUUUGUACAAAUAUGAAAUAUCUAGACUGAAGGGACAUCAUGAUGAAGCUUGUUGCUAAAACAGUUUAAAAGAAACUGAAAGUUAAUGAAAGAUUUUUUUAAUUACUUGUGCCUGAGUGUUGUAUGAAAAUAUGACAGGCUUUUUCAUGGUUCCCUUGGCUAUAUCAUUCUUUUAGUUUCAAGAAGUUAAUUUUAACCAAGACACACUGUGUGUGAGUUGUGCUGAUAGUUAUCAAGAGUUCACAGUCUCUGAGGACAAAGCAUCUUUUCUCCUCUGCAGCUAUAAAGAGCUACUCUCAGUCUCAUGAGGACCUAUCAUGAGGCAGAGGACUUUAGUCCACCUCAUUCAUGAGAAUAGAUGAAAAUAAAAGAUCAAAUACUAAAACUUGGCGAACUUGUAAAUUAGGCAAUAACCAUAGCAAUUCAUUCAGAUACUUGUUAUUAGAGAUAGAAAAUGACAGAUUUAGUCUUUAUGCUGUUUCAAUAUGCUUGUAAACAUUUUUAUUCCUAUAAACUGCAUAUAUAUAUUCCUUAUAAAAUCAAAACUAUUUAUUUAUAGGCAUUUGAUGGCACUUAUAAGAAACUUUAAAACAGUUUUUAGACUUCUUAUGCUUAUACGGGGUACUUUACGUUAAAGCCACUAAAAGUAAGUUUAUUUUAAUUUUUUUAAAUAGGACUAAAAUUCAUACUGAUGCCCUUUUUGGUAUUUAACAUCAAGCAAGACUAUCAGCAACAUGAUUGAUGAUUUUAAUUUUCUAAUGUCUAAUGCCUGAAAUCGGUGCAAGGGUGUAGGUGUCCGCUGAGACAGACCUGUUUUUACAAAUUCUUCACACAACAAUAACCAUAAAUGUUACAUUUUUAUACUCAUGAGUCAUCAAAACAAAAAAAAAUCAUUACUCAAGCCUGUAGAGGACAAAAUAAGCAAAGACUACUUUGUCCACAGGGGGCGCCAAAACUGACUGAAGCCAAAAGCUCGUUUAAAAGGACUUUUAAUUUUGCUUUUCUCUCACGGUUUCUACAGCUGACGAUGAGAAAGCAGAAAUUUUUAUUCACCCAGAUGAAAUAUAGAGCCAAACUGAAGUAAUUACAUGUCACCACAACCCUAACAAGUAACAUUACUGUUGCAUAAGUCUGUUUGAAGGAAAGCAGAUGCCAAAGUCAUAACCUGCCGCUAAUGACAUUCAGAACUGGUUAAAUUUCAAAGUGCCCCCUUGAGGAUCAGUAAAGAUUAUGAUUCAAAAUUGAAAUGGCAUGUGAAUGAGUUUGUGAGAAAUAUGUGGGUCCCUUGGCAAGAAGAGUACAGCAGAUACGGAGCAUUCCUGUAGCUGAAGCAAUAGUUUGCUAAUUUUAGCCACAUGUUUUUAUUUCUUCAUGUUUUGUGUCUUCUAAAUCUUUCCCUCCUCAACCAGGACAUUCAUCAACUCAACAUUUUGAUGCUUUGUGUCCUUUACUAAUUAUCAAAAGAUACACUGAGAAGAACAGGGAGUUAGAGUAAGAAACAUAGUAUAUGUUAGUGAGAUGUGAGUGAAUUUAAGGGAGUGAAGAAGAAGGGUAUGUGGCUCUCUUCCUAUGGGAAAUACAGAAGAGGAAUUUGUCCAGCUGUUCUCUCUCUGAGCUGCACUCAUUUUUUCUCUCUGUUUAUUCAUCUCUAUCUUUCUUAGAAAACACAACAAUUCCCAACUUGCUUGAAGUCAAAGAGAACAUGACCAUGGGAACGACGCUGGUCACCAAUCCCAACGGAGGAUUUCUGGUAAGUUGUAAUAUAUGUAUAAAGUGCUCUAUAGAAGAAAGACAACAGAGCAGUCUCCAUACUAGACACAAAAGAGGAGCUUCACAUACUUUACUGAAAGAAACUGGGCAUAAAUAUACUCUCACUGGACCUUUGCUCUGUGUGGAAACAGUGGGCUUGACCCUCGGUGUUUCCCAGUGCAGUUUCAUGUCCUGGGAAUGUAACAGGAUACUGUGAAGCAACUGUGUGAAUGCAGAAUUGUAUGGAGGAGGUGAAGAAACCCAUCAAGUUUUAUGUCUAUAAACUCCUGUAGAGAGUCAUUUUUAUGUAAUUUCAUGUUAACUACAUUGUAAAACAUGAGAGAAAUAAUACACCCCAGUGAUCAAUAAAUAUGAAGUUCUACAACUUGGAUCACUGGCCCCAAAAAACACAGCCUUAUAAUUGACCGUGAGAAUACUUUAAAGCUUUUAAUAUAGCUGAAGCUAAACCUGAAUACCUAGUAUUAGCAUGUGUAAAAGCUACCAUUCAUCACAAAGCACAGUCUUACAGUAUUUAUCAGAGUAAGUGUGAUAUACUGUAAAAUUUAGGGUCAGCAAAUAUCUUGAAAUGCAGAUUCUCUUGUAAGGUUUCCUGUAAGGAAGAUGCCUGGAAGUGUGUUAGAAUCAAAUUUCCUUCUAAUAACAUUUCUAUCAACCUGAAUUGUAAUCUGUGUCAAAGCUUAUUGGCAAAUAAUCAUAUGCUUACAUUCACUUAUAAGCAGAAAGUGAGAUAUACCAGCUCAUCAUCAGCAUAUUAUGCUUGUUAUUUUGGGUAUUUUCAGGCGGUAUCACCCUAAAGUUGCCAAAUGAAAUGCCUGCAAACCAGCCUUAGAUCUUUUUUAAAACCAAAAGAUGUGCAUCAGAAGUUGUGGUAACACUUAACUUGACGCCUAUCUCUAUAACGCAUAAUAAAUAUAUGUAUAAUGCGUUAUAAUCACAUUAUAGCACUGCAUAACUAUAGUUGUAAACACUCAUAAAUGAUCAUAAUGCUUUUUAGCAAUAAUCAUAACACAUGAUAAAGCAUUUUAUCAUGACUUACAAGGUCAGGUAUUAUAAUGUGUUAUGCUUAUUGUUAUAAAGCCUUAUGAUGAUUAAUGAGUAUUUAUAAUGAUAGUUAUACAAGUUUAUAAGCAAAUUAUAAGACAUCAUGAAUAUAUGCAUAUUGCAUUAUCUGUGUGGGCAUUGUCAGUGAGUUGUUAACAGUUAUAACACAUUAUAAUACCUGACCUUGUAAGUCAUGAUAAAAUGCUUUAUAAUGUGUUAUGAUUAUUGCUAAAAAGCAUUAUGGUUAUUUAUGAGUGUUUAUAACUAUAGUUAUACAGUGUUAUAACACAUGAUAAAUAAAUUUAUCAUGCGUUAUAGAGAUAGGCGUCAAAUAAAGUGUUUCUGAAGUGGUUUGUUUAUUAACAGCUUAAUAUUAAUCUGUCACCAGUAUGUUAUUAGUACUCACUUCCUUAUAGAGCCCAUCCCUGCCAAACUGAUAAGCGAGUGUUAGGCUGUGUUGAAGCUCAGCAAGCUGCUGUAUUUUACAAACCAGUCAGUCAGGACUGAAAACAUGCUGGUCUCAUAGUGUCAAGUGUUUUAGAUUUUGGCUUAAGUUCAGCCUCAUUGAGGUGCAAGCAUUUUUGUAGAUAAGACUCGCUCUUGUACGGCUAUAUUCGUCUCUCUCUGAAUGUGAGGAAUGCAGUGAGAUCGUGGAAAUCACCCGAGGAAAUCUAAUGAAAUAUGACUUAAAGAUGAGAAGAUGUUAGCCAGUUUUCCAGUAACUAUUGGCAACUUUAGAGGCCUUUAACCUUGAAGGCUGAGUUUCUGUUUCCCUCUCUGGUACAGUCAGACUGGAUCUAUGGUGGUUUUAAUGGUUUCCGUGUAAUCUCCAGUUUGAACAGUUCUUUCCUCUCUGAAGCCAUGAACCUCCUCUCACCCAUGACGUCAUAUUGGUGGAAAGCUAACCAGUCGUGGCCCUUCAGUUUUAUUUUCUCCAGCAGCUACAGUCUCAGUGUGUUUACACGUGUGUGUCUUGUUUCUGCAGGCUUGUGGUCCUCAGUACGGCUACAUGUGCGGGAAGCAGCAGUACAUCUCAGGAGUGUGUGUGAAUGUCAGCUCAUCCUUCCAGAUCCUCAACCCUGUUGCUUCGGUGCAAGGUACGCAGCCUGAUAACUUAAGACACAGGACGUGACGGCGUCUGCACAAACUUGCUGUCAGGAUAAGAGAUUACAAUCUACUCUUCUGUGUAGUACCACCCAAGAUCCUGACAUCAAACACACCCUCCCCCUGGAAGGAGAGAGAGAUUAGAGCAUUCCUCUUAAUGUAAACUUGUCUGUGACACUCAUUCCUCUCCGGCCCAGCCCGGCCCAGCCCUACAGCUGUGUUGUAUGCCCAAGUUAGGAGACAGUUUAGUGGGCCUGCACUUUGUUUCCCAGGAGUGCUUGGAAAUACAGAGCGUGGUCCAGUCGUUGUCGUUACAUCUCUCUUUCUCUCUGCCUUCUUUGAACAGACACAAACACAGCAAGUUCUGCAAAAUCUGUUCAAAUAUUUAGCGUGUGAAGACGUCCAGACCCUAAAUAUAUAUAUUUUACCACCAAGCAUGUACAGAUGUGAUCUGAAUGGCUCACAUUUUAGGCUGAAAUGAGGUAUUAAAUAUAUAAUUAUCUGUGCAAUAAUAACCCAAAUUAUUAAGAUGGUCCAGAUUUUAGACUGAUUGAAUCAAAAGUAAAACCUGAUUAUUGAAAGUUAAGUUGCUUCCCUGUGCUUUUUAAUCUUCAGUGUGAAAUGUUUUAAUUUUUACCGACACUAUCUAGACUAAGCUGAACUAAAACCCACCGUCACUGUGUUGCUUUACUCUGUCACUUUUUAUUCCGUAUACACUGGAGAGCUUUGAUGAAAAUGGUUUGACGUUGUCUUUUGUGGACGUAACUAAACAAGAAGCAAACAGUUGGGAAAAUUAACCUUUUUAGGGAAACUAGACAGUUUUUUUGCUGUGAAGUUUAAUGAUGUGAACACUGAAAUGACUUUGACUGCAUUUGAAGCAAUUAAAGGGCAAUAAUUAACCACAUUUUUGUUUUUCUGUUACAGAGUGUGCGAAAGAACUGGACAUUGUGAUAGUUCUGGACGGCUCCAACAGUAUCUACCCCUGGUCCAGUAUCAUUGAUUUUCUGCGACGUUUCAUUGAGAAUAUAGACAUUGGACCGAAAGCCUCACAGGUCUGUUUUAUGUACAGAGUUUAAUCUUUGGACACAUGGAAAGUUUUAUGAAAAUGUUUGUUCUCAAUCAUGCUGUAGUUUUUUGGGUUUUUUUUUUAACACGCUUUGAUGGUCAUUCAUUUCUUACACCACAUCUUAUCUGUGAUAGAACAACCAGUCCAGUGAUAAGCCGCACUUUGACAUACUUUCUUCACACAAGAACACUAAAUGUAGCGUAACCGUCACAUGCCACCCGGAGUUGUUUGGUAUUUUGAUUUAGAUACCAACCCCUAUAUUUCAAACAGAACAAUGUUUUGUAUUUUAUUGGAGUUUGAUAUGUAUGAGGAAAAAUGAAAAUGUAGGAUCAAGUCAAUUCACAAUAUUAAAACAUGCAUUUUCUUUUGAUCAGUAACUGGAGGUUUCAGGCGGUCCCUGAAAAUGUUGAUUCCUGUUGGGAGCAGCUCUUUUGUGUCACAUGGUUGUUUGCAGUGUUAAAAUCAGUCUCUGGAAUCCAUCAUGCAUGUAUAAAUACAUGGAGAAAUGACUGGGUUAUGUAAGACUAGACUGACUAAGCAGAAGUAUGAAUGAAGGAAUAUAAUUAUUGCCAACUCAAUUUUUCGUCUGCUGCUAUAUUUAAUAACUAAACUGCUCUUCAUGAUGGAAUUUUCCACUCAUGGAGAAUACUGUUAGAUGUCUUUCACAAAGCAGGCUUUAUGGGGUGUAGACGUUUAAGUCUUUAAAGUAAUUUUAGCCUUUCCUCAAUGAGUUAUACCUUGAGUUUAUUUCUAUUCACGUGUCUUGGAUCGCCCCUGCAGCUGGUGGUUAGUUUUUAUUAUGGUUACAUAGAUCUGGCGUGGAGCUUGCAGAGUUUUCCAGAGGGAAACACUGGAAAGUCUUCUCAGAGUGGAGCCACGCGGUUGUAAAGUCACAUCUUCCAUGGCAGCUGAAGUCCUCAGCCCUCUGUUUAAAGAACAUUGUGUCACAUCAACCCCGACGAACCUGACCACAUCUUCAGCAGACCGUCCAGAAGGACACACAGAGAACAGAUGAAGAAAAAGAAGAAGAAGGAGAGAAAAGAAAAACAUGAAUGAAAUGCUGAAUAAUGUUUAUAAUGUGUGCUUGUGUGCUUUCUAGGUGGGCAUCGUGUCCUACGGUUUGACUGUGACUCAUCGUGUCAACCUGAGCCAGUUCGACAACACUCCCUCUCUGCUGAAGUUCGUGGACGGGCUUCCUCAGCAGACCGGGUCCAAGACCAUGACCUUCCUGGGCAUCGAUACAGCCAGGUAUCUCACCUCUAAGUCAAGAUUUCAGUCCAUCAGUCAUUGUAAAUAGGCUGAACAUUGAUCUAUCAUGGUUAAAACUAUGCAGUAGAGGUUACCUAAUUGGUCCAACAUGUAGUUGGUCAGGCAGAGAGAAUGUUUUCCCAAACUUAGAUGUUCAGGCCAAAGCUGAACUAAAAGGGGCUGAGCUGCUGGUUGCAGUGAAGUUGUAUGUAUCACAGGCAACACAAGCUUUAGACAAAGGAGACUGUUUUGUUGAUUUCAGGGGUCUAUUAUGAAUCUAUAAUGAAUCUAAGAACCCUCUCUGUUAUUUUUCAAGCUUUCAAACCAGCACUAGGAAGUGUUUUGUGUUUCUGCUGCUGGCAAAGUCGACUGCCUUCUCUAAUCUGCCUUUUUGUGCAGUUAAAGAAACGGUUUUCUCUGGCAUGAUGCUUAAUGAAGUUGAAAGUUGUUUUUAUAGCAGAAAAUGUAAGCAUAAGUUGUUGAUGUGUGAAAUUCUGAUGACCAAGAAUGUCAUAGUACUAAACUAAAAAGAUCCACACACAAUCCUGCUAUCUGAAUCAGUGUAUCCUACAUCAGUGGUUCUCAACUGGCCUCACUCUGGGACCUACAUUUUUCCCGUGGUCCUUAAGUCGUGACCCACUUUUAUAGAAUUCAAACCAAGCAAAUUCAUUUUUUAUAAACAAAACUGUUAAAGACUCAAAUUUUUAACAUAAAUCCACCCAUUUUAUUGAGUAUAGUGCACUUCAGAGCACAUGAACUGAGGACGACAACUGCUAAAGUUGCAUAUACAAGAAAUAUUCAGUAUCAAAUUGCACAAAAUGAAAUGAAAAAUUUGACUUAUAUGCAUCUCUGUCUUCAGACCAUAUUCAGAGGAACCUGGGGAGGACCAUGCAACAGCAUGGACAAAAGUGAAUAAAUAUCAAAUUGCACUAAAUAAAGAUAAAAAGAAAAACAUGUAUUUUUACUGCAUUCAGGCCACAUCAAUAAGAAACAGAGGAGGACCAUGACGUAAUGUGUGUCUUUCAAAAUAAGAUAUUUUUCAAAAUAAAAGACGUGUCAAACAUCAGAUGUGCAUUAAAUAUUUACUUUUUUGACCAGCUGUUCGUGACCAAUCCAGAACAUGUCUAUGACUCACUUUUGGGUCGGGACCCACCAGUUGAGAACCACUGUCCUGCAUCAUGUAAGGAUCGAUGGUUCCCCAUAAUAUAGAAUAUUUUUCACCAGUUUAACAUCAUUCAUCAGAUUUUUUUAGCCUCUAAUGUGUCAGUAGUCUUGCAUCUGAGAGAUAAAAGUUUCACCUUGAAGUACAAUUUCAGACCCAGUUUGUGGAGAUGUUUGUGAAGAUUAGUUUUUUGUCAUUUUUACCUGUUAGGAAGGAGGCCUUCAUGCCAGAGCGCGGUGCACGACCUGGGGUGAAGAAAGUCAUGGUGAUUGUGACUGAUGGAGAGUCGCAUGACUCAUAUAAUCUAAAUCAAGUCAUGGACGACUGUGAAGAAGAUGAAAUCGAGAGGUUUGGCAUUGCUGUGGGUAUCAGUUACCUUUGUGUUGCUCUUACAAAUAACAUUUACAAGUGCACACUUUUCCUGAUUUGAAAGGAUGUCUCUGUUUUGCCAGAAAUACUUGAGCUUGGCUCCGUAUAUCUAAUUUGUCAUUCAAGGAAAUUACAUUUUAUGUCUGCAGAAAUAAAAAUCGAACCAGUAAAUCUACUGGUCUGAAUUAGUACCAAAUCAAAUAAGGAGUAUCAUUGAAAUUAAAUCAAGGGGGAGACUGACUAAACAGCUUCUUUUAAAUUGAAUGAACGUCACAAAGCUUUUACGCCAGUUCAAUCUGAGACACUCACUCCAUGCUGUGUUUAAAAAUGUUGUACUUUUUUCCAGGUUUUGGGAGACUACAAUCGUCAGAACAAAAGUGCAGAAGACGUGCAGAAAUUUAUCAAGGAGAUCGAGUCCAUUUCAAGUCCACCUCUGAGAGAUCAUUUCUUCAACGUGUCUGAUGAGGUGGCGUUGUUGACCAUUGUGGACGCUCUUGGAAGCAGGAUUUUCGCUCUGGAAGGUAUCAUUGAAAAAGACAUGGUGGGAGAGUUUAGUGUAUCAGUUAACAAAUGCUUACUAAACUGGAGAUAAUUCUACUUUCACAGAAAUGCUUGCUAUGAGGAUGAAUGAUAGCACUCUCAUGUCUGUAGCUGGUGAAAGAAGACUGUGCCAGAGCUAGCAGGAAAUGGGGAAACAGCUAGCUAGCAGUGCUAAACCAUCUGUCACAACGCAAAGUUUCUUUCACACCUCACUUUGUACACAACUUCCUCUCUUUACAGGAAACAGGCAAAGAGUGUGUCAAUAAUUGUCUCCCUACUUACCUGUUAAAAAGUACUUUAAAUGGAUUCUUGGGGUUUGUUAGAGGCUCUUUGCCAAAAUAACACUUUGUUCCUCGAAGGAUAGUUACCAAUGUGUGUCUGAGCAGCUAACAAGCCUUCAUUUUGCGUUAUUUAUAUGUAUAAAAAUUAACUUCUUUUUUAUUCCUUUUCAGCUACACGUGGAAACCUCACCUCAUCCUUUGAGAUGGAGAUGUCUCAAGCUGGGUUCAGUGCACAUACAUCUAAAGUAAGUCUAAAUCACAUUAUUAAAAUGCGUGAAUGUCGUACUAAGAUAAUUUGAUCUACCUGUGACACACUGAACCAGACAGAACUGAGUUCACUGUGUCAUAUCUUCAGUGUCUGUGAGCGCUCGCAUGCGAGGGUUUGCUCAGAUGAACUCACGCGGACACUUCGGCACAGGAUUAUCUUGAGUGCAUCUUCAACCCUUUGGUGAUUCACCUCGGUCAGCAGACGCCUCAGACACAGACUCCCUCUGUUACUCUGCUGAACUCUUCAGACUGAUCGUGUUUGGUCUGAUUGCAUGAGAGAGAGUGUUCAGACAGAGAGGAAGGGGAUCAAAAAUCACCAUGAGGCAUGUAGAAGAGACGGCCACGCAGGUUGAAUCAGAUGUUUGUUCACUGGGGUAAAAACAACAUUCUUGCUUUUGCCCCUUGUUCACUCAUUAGGUAUUUCCUAUGUCUAUUCAAAAACAAACAGGCGGCCCUCUCAGGACUCUCUUCCUGCUCUUCCUGCUCUUGACUCACGUUUAUCGACUCUCCCAUCACUGUGUACACUGUCUCUGCGGCUGCGUGGCUCAUUUAAUUAAUGAAACCAGACAAAGUGAGAUGUUUGGCUUAAUGCUGAACAGGAGAGGCAGGGUUUUAACAGCCAGCAGUCUAAAAGAGCCUCUCAAUGCUGUUUGACUGUAAACCCGGUGACCUCUCCUCUGUUUUCUAAUGACACAAACAUUGAUUUCAUAUCUUAAUAUUUCUAUUUCGGUAACACUUUACAAUAACCAUAACUUAUAAAUGGUAAAUAUUGCUUGUUAAUGUUAAAGUAACUAUUAACUUACAUUAACAAACUAUCUAUUUGCCAUAUAUAAUUGGUCUAAAUGCUGUUUUUAAAUGAUGAUUAAACAUGAAUAAACUAUUUACUGUUUUUAAAUUAUGGUUAUUGUAGAGUGUUACCUAUAUUUCUGUUUUUUCUUUUUUUGUUUUUUUUUAUUAUUUUUAAUUAUUUUUAUGCAAGACAAACAACAAACAACAGCAUUUGUGGUUUUGUGUGUGUGUGUGUAUUAUAUAUAUGAAUAAUAAUGAUAAAAAAUAUUACAAUUGUCAGACAAGCAUAUAAUGGAAUGUUAUAAUGGAAAUUAUAAUAGAAGAAUAAUAUCAAUAAUAAUAAUAAUAAUAAUAAUAAUAAUAAUAAUAAUAAUAAUAAUAAUAAUAAUAAUAAUAAUAAGACCUAUAUUUCUGUUUUAUGGUUAAAAAUGAAGAUAUAAACAGGAUACUUGAUUGCCCGUAUUGUCUGCUGUAGGAGGGAGUGUUACUGGGAGCUGUGGGAGCGUACGACUGGAAUGGGACAGUGGUAAUGCACACUGCUAAAGGAGAAGUUCGUCCAAACUACGCACAGUUUUCGGACCCAGAGACUGAGGUCGGGUACGAGGGACUGGCCGGGUACCUCGGUGAGUUAAAGCUGAGUCAUAUUUUCAGCUGCUAUGGGUGAUGGGACCCAGAGGAAAUCAUACAUGUGUCACACAAACUGAACAUGUCAAAAAUGAAUUUUUAUCGUGCGUUAAAGCAGGUUUCAGGAGGGAGACUUUUGGAGACCCACCAGCCUUAUUGACAUGAAAACAAAGGUUACAUGAAUAAUAUUGUUUUUGGAUUUAAAAAUGUUUCAUCCUGGAGUUAAAAAUGUGAAACGGACAAAAAGCAAUUUUUUUCUACAGUCUCUGUUCGUUCUCCUCAGCUUUAACCAUGUGUAGGAAAGUUUUCCUCCAAUCUAAGAAAGACAAAAGAGCCUCUUGAGCAGAAUUCACACUUGGAUUAAAAACUCCACCUGAGCUGUGUUUUCUUGAUCUUUUAAGAGAUUUAUUGAAAUUUUACAGCUGCGAGAUAAAUAUGGAGUCUGUUUCGUGGAGGGAGGACCAGCAUUUGUCUAACUAUGACAGCAGAUGCCUCUCUCUCUUUCUCUGUCUCUGUCACAUAAAUAAUACAUGUGGGCUCUUCUCUCUGUCCCGCUGCCUUUUAUGGUUCGUAGAGCAACCGCAGCAUCUUAAUAUCAGGUUAUUUAAUCAACAUGUCAUAAGAAAAAGCCCUGGUAGGUCCACACUUACAAACUAUGAACUCAGCUGUUGGCACAUGUUUGUACCACAAGGUCUGACUGCGUAUGUAGCUUCUGUGUGCGUUUUCCUGCAGAAGUGUUUUAUAGUUUCCUUGACGCAGUGAGAUGUAAACAAGAACAUUUUGAGUGUCAGUGUUUGUUCUGGUGUUAUGUGAAUGCACAGUGUGACAUAUUCCUGCUUUUGUCUGCUUAUGUUUGCAUCGAUUUAACCACUGCAUGUACAAUCUGCAGGCUAUGACGUCCAGUCAGCCUCCACCCCUGACGGAGUGCUCUACAUCUCAGGCGCACCCCGUUACAACCACACAGGCCGGGUUGUCAUCUACAGGCUGAAUGAAAACAAUAAUGUUGUGGUCUCACAGAUCCUGAAAGGAGAACAGGUGAGGAUUUCUGUGAUCGUGCCCGGGUCUUUUAGCCCGAGUUUCUCAGCUGAAUGAAGUUGGUGUAAAUGUGACUCUCCAGGAGUCUGUGCAUGCUUUAACCUCCUAAGACCCGAACUCUUGCAAGGCAUGCAUUUUUAUUUUCUCUUUGAUAUUUAGGCUAAUUGGGACCUGAUGAGUGUAAAAACAAAGAAUGAUCUUUUUACAUGAUGUAGUUUCUGAGAAAAAUGAUGUCCACAUAUGAGGACAUUCGUUUUAAAUUUUGAGAGAAGGCCCUUGUGAAGAAAAUUUAAUAUUGUGGUCUUGACAACCAAAAAUGUGAUGUCCACACAUGUGGACGCCAGGUCUUAGGAGGUUAAGUAAACUGGUGCUGCGUUCGAGUUACCUCGGAAGUCAGAUGCUGGAGCUGAAAAUGACGUCACACUCGAGUUUCAGUUACCAAGUUGGAAAAAGCAAAAUUGGAGGCGGGAACAAGAUGGCUAGAUCUACGAAAGUUAUUUUGGCACUUGCCUUGUCCAACUUCAUUUUCAGCUCUGACAUCUAACUUCUGAAAUAACUUGAAUGCAGCAUAAGCAUCCCAUGUUGAACCUGCUUUAAAUAUAAGAGGUUAAAUCUGUGUUUUAAAAUUAUAUAAAACUUUAUUGUUUAAUGGUUUGGGAAUAUUUUGUCUCCUCAUAAAGCAGUUUUACUUUGACAAACAAGAUUUGGUCAACCUUAAAAUAGUUUCAGACUUUUUAAUGUUACUAAAUAUGCAUUAUCAGCAUUUUGUACAGGUCAAAUUUGUUCGUUAUUCAACAUUUUGUUUUCGUAAUCCAGCCUGAAAUGAGCUCUCUGCAAAGAUCAGAGCAACCCUGAUUUUUUUAUUAUUAUUUUUUAUCAGUUACACCAAACAAACUCAGACGUUUUGAACAAAAUCUAUUCAAUGCUUAUAAAAAACAGACAUAAAUUUCCUGCUCUUUUUCUUUUAAACAAGACAGUUUCAAGAUACGAUCCAAUCUGAUAGCUUUAUUCCAUUUGGGUUACUUUUGAACAACUGGGCCCUGGAGCUUCUUUUCAAGAACUAAAGAACUUACAGUGCUUCAAGUGGAAAAUAUUAGCAUCAGCAUACACUGUUCUCCUCUUUUUCCACUUGUCGUUGUGUGUAUUAUGUGUAUAGACUGGAUUUCUACAGGUAAUGAUCGGCAACAGGAGAUAAUGCUGAUCUUUGUAAACUUCAUUGUGUUGCAUAAACAAAGACCUUCUGCGUAUUUACAUCACCAUGCUUCUGUCCAGUUUUCCAUCAGGCUGUAGUAACAAUAUACUGUAGCUUUGUCUCAUACAUAAACAGACAUGUAAAUGUUGGAAAAGGACACCAGUUUCAUGGUAAUAUGUGUGAAGUGCUGUUAUGAAUCGUCUGUAGAGUCUGUGAUUUGUAAAGGACAGGAAAGAGUACUGACAGCUGGUAAGAGGUCCUGGUUUGCCAAAAAAGUCUGCGUUGAAUUUAGAAGAGGCUGAACUGCAUAAGGCCCUCAAAAAACACUGGUUCAUACCUGUGAAGGCCAGGGAAGACCAGGGAAACAAGUCUACUAAAGAGUCAAAAGUUAUGUCAUUUUUCAUGAUUUUGCAAAUUUAAUUUUUUUUACUUAUUUUCACGUCAUCUGGACGUUAUCAGAACAUGGACUUCUCAUAUUUCACUGCGCACUCUCCCUGUUUGAAAAUCUGAGCUUACUGAUGACUCACGAUGAAUCCACAGCUUCUACUUGUCAAGAGCAUUGUAAAUAUUUAAGCUAGUAGGACAACACAACCAGAUGGUCAAACUUCUUGUUGCUGUGCCAGUUUUCUGAAUGUUUCAGGUCCUAAAUAAAUGUCUGAUAAAGUUCUUGUGGGGGCUUUUUUGGGGGGACAGCCUAAAGACCCACUGAGUGUAGUGUCUCUGAAAUGACAUGAAUCAAAACCUGUGUUUUCAAACCAGGGCUGGGACUCAACACUGAUAUGAUUUGUGGUUCUUUGUGCAGAUUGGUUCCUACUUUGGCAGCGUCCUGCAGACCGUUGAUGUGGACGGCGACUCAAACACAGAUCUCCUCUUAGUUGGCGCUCCGAUGUUCAUGGGAAAAGAAAGAGACGAGCAGGGGCAGGUCUACGUCUACAAACUCAAUCAGGUUCAGAAAAACUAAAUUGUAUUUUGAGUUUUUCUCUGAAUGUCUGAGGUCACAUCAUAUUUUAAUGAAACUUCACUCUUGACUCUUCACUCUUCAGGAUGGCCAGUUUGAGCAUGAGUUCACACUAAAGCCCAUCAAUCAGUCCUGCUGUAUCGCCGGUUCAGAAGUCUGCACUAAUAAAAAUGAACCAUGCGGGGCUCGGUUUGGCACAGCCAUUGCAGCAGUGACGGAUCUGAACCUGGAUGGAUUUAAUGACGUGGCCAUAGGGGCACCUUUUGAGAAUGACCAUCGAGGGGCUGUUUACAUCUACCACGGAGAUAAGAGGACACUGAAAGAGAAAUAUGUGCAGGUAAGGAGAGUUCACAGACGGUUAUAAUUCACUCUGACGUAUUUCACACUGAAGUGGUCAGUUUGACUUUGUGGGUCUUUCUCAGUCUUACAAUCAGCACCUCUGCGUAGAGAUUGUUUGAAAACUCAAAACCUUCCUCUUUCGGAAAGCCUACCCGGACUAAUUUUAUCUGAUUUUAUCUGCUGACUGUUUUUAUUGUUUUGCCCUGUUGCUUGGUUUUUACUUUUUAUUGUUGUCUUGUUGUGCACUUUGAGAUUUGUUUUUAAAUGUAAAGUGCGUUACAAAUAAAAUCUAUUAUUAUUAUUAUUAUGAUAACACUUUAUAAUAACCAUCCAUUAUAACUAGUCAAUAGAUCAAUGACAAACUGUUAAUUAAUGAAUUAAUUUACUAACUGUUAAGAAAUGAGGAAUAGUUGCAACUUUAGAAUCACAUCCCAAUAACAUAUAUAAACUAUUAACUGAUUAACAAGUCAUUGGUAAGUAAUUUACUAAUAGCUUGUUCAUGAUCUAUAACCAAUUUAUAAAGUAAAGUCAUAUAUCAUUAACAUACAGUCAUUUAUAACUCGUUAACUAACAGUUUAUUAAUGAUAUAUUAACUACCUAUAAGACAUUAAAAAUCCUUAACAAACUGUUAACAAACACUUAACAAGUAAUAAAUGACUCAUUAAUUAACAGUUUACUCAUGAUUUAUUAACUAGUUAUAACGCAUAGUGAUUAUAAAGUGUUACCAAAGUUAUUUAAAGCUACAGUAGGGAGUUUUCGACUGCUUAUGAAAAAGUCUGAAAUCAACAGUGAUGGUUCUUUAUGACCGUUAAUGACACAAAUUUCAAUUAUUUAUACCAAUUUAUAUCAAUAUCUUAUAUUUCCAGCACGCUGACGAAAGAAAAAAGUACGUACACAUGUACAGGACAAAACUAGCUCAAACGUGAGAGGUUUGCCUUUGUCAAUUAAGCAUGUAAUAAUCAUGUUAAUCGUAGAAGUGUACCUCUUCUACUCUGCAGUGAGCAUUGUUUUUACUCUUCCUGGACUAAAAUACACGUUGUUUGUCACUGUUGAUGCCUGAAUGACCUUCUCUUUCUAUCUGUUUUUCUUCGUGUUGUUUUUAUUUUUAUGAGCUCUUGAAAAAGUAUAAGAUACCUUUCCCUCAAGACCCUGCCUACUGCUGGAAAUCACUGUGCUUAAAUAACAAAUUCUGGAGCUAAAAAAAAAAGGAAGUUAGUGGUGGAAUUUGGGUUUUAUAGAUCUUGAAAUAUAAGAUGUUGAGAAAUAAAAAGUAAACAGAAAAUAAGUUAAAUGAACUACUGUACGUUAAGAGAAAUAGAAAUGUAAACAAGUCGCUUUAAAUUAAAAAAAGUCUGUAAAAGAGAUAAGAAUUUAAAUUGUAUGAUUAUAAAACAUCACAGAUAUAAAAGAAAACAACUAGAAGAGAAGAGUGCUGAUUCAAAAUGAUAAGAGUUUCUGUAUGUGGUCCAGAAAAGGUCCCCAAACCUUUUUUGAAUUUUUCGUCAUUACCUGCGACCGAGUGACAGAUCUUCUCAAGGUCUAAACAAGACGUAACGUCUUUCAGCCACUGACUGUGAGUGGGUGGGGCUUCUUAAAGUAUUUUAAGUAAACUGAUGCUCUCUGUCUCGUUCAUAGAGGUGGAACAUAAAAGCGUACCCUCCACCUGUACCUGUGAUGUUUUUAACCAGUUCUGUAUCCUCAGCGUAUCCCUGCAGGAGGGGAUGGUGAUAAGGUGAAAUUCUUUGGUCAGUCCAUACAUGGAGUCAUGGAUCUAAACGGCGACGGCAUCACUGAUGUUACCAUCGGAGGUCUAGGAGGAGCUUCUCUGUUCUGGUGAGACAUGAGAUAUAACUGUAUGAGCUUUCACUCGUAAACUGCACUAUCUGCUGUGACAUGAUCAGCAGCCGUGCAUGUGUCCUAUAGACACUGUCCUCCUGUCCGCUUUGCUUUGUGUUUCUGGGGUUUAGACAGCUGUUGAGGUCCCACUGGGCUUGUAGGCUUGAGACCAACAGCUUCCUAAUGAUCUCUCUGUUUAAACUUUUGGCUCUGUUCUUCCCUGUUGGACAUCGGCCUACAGGCUUCCACCCACAAAGUUUUGAAACAUCAGCCCACAGAAUGAUUUAACUUCUCCCACAGUUUCUACUGGCAGAGGCUCAGCUAAGCUGUGUGAAAACUCCAACUCCCAGGAGGCUUAGAGUUUAAAUAGGCUUUGGCAGCAGGCGGCUGUUCUUGUUCUGGAGCUGGAGUUGUAUAAAGCUCAACAGUUGGAUACAGAGAGAGUGAGGCCAAGUUUUACACUUCAGAUGCGUCUGUUUCUUGUUCUUUCCUUUGAGAAAGUAGAUGCAUUUCGCACAGUUCAAAACACAGACACGCAUAUCACUCAUAUUAGAAGUUGGCUUGAUUGUGUUUUUUUUUUUUUCCACCAGGUCCAGAGAUGUUGCAGAGCUCCGUGCGAACAUGACUUUUGAUCCUGCUAAAAUCAACCUGCAGCAGGCGCAGUGUGAACACGGUGGACGUAAAUCUGUAUGUGUGAAAACAAAGGUGUGUUUUGCAUAUAGCAUCAAAUCUGACCAGCAGGGCUCCGACUCCACUGCAGGUACAUCCAAAAUGAACCUCUUAUUUAUAUAUCUGACCCCACACUCUCACUGAUUCAGCAUUUUCUCUAUUCUGUAUCUUACUUAUUUUUUUUAUCCUGCAGAGAUACGCUAUGAUCUCAUCCUGGAUGCUCGGCGUGCGAAAGCUCGGGCUUCAUUUAUCGACACGGCCGAUAAAAGUGAUCGCAGGAUCACGAGGAGACUCCUCAUCAAAGACUGGGAGUGUGUGGAAGAAACCUUCAUGAUGUCGGCAAGUACUCUGAUGUUUAUGACGUACAUGUGGGAAGAGUUAGAGUUUCUUACCUGUUGCUGUUCCACCCCAAACUGCAUUUUUACCCUGAAAUCACAAGAAUACAAUGUUCAGAAUUACAACAUUGUAUUCUUGGCUUGUUGGGGAUGUAGAUGGUGUCCGGGGCCAAAGAGGAGACAGGACAAAGCUGUGGGGAGUGUUAUGCAGAGCAGGAAGACAUAGAUUCUAACAUGAAACAGGCCCGCCCUGAUCAAAGCAUGCCGAGUUUAGGCCUGUGCAGCUCGCUGUGAUAAAUUAUCUGCAGGCACUCCGAGUUAGGGAGGAAAAGAAAAGGCAACACACAAUGAGAGUGUAUGAGGUGUUUGGAGAGUAUGACAAAAAGGGACAUCUAAGGACGAGAAAUAUGUCAACAAGCUUUACACCGAUUCAGAAACCUUUGUUCUUCAUGAAUGCUAUGUGGUUUCUGCAGCGAUGUGACAUUAAAAACCACGCGCACAAAGUUUCCCAUUCGUAUACUGCAGCAAUGGAUUUUUCUGAUUAGCUGCCCCAGAGCAAGAGCUGAAGGAGAACUAAUCAGUGAAAACAGCUGCUGUGGCUGUGUGUCCAGAAUGAAUACCUGCUCUGUUCUAAUGUGCCAGUUCGGACAGAAACUUCCCACAGAGUCCAGGGCAGAGGUUUGGAGGGGUCAGAGGGAUUUGUACCACACGCACAAAACAUCUUAAAGCGCGGUACCUGAAUUUAAGAUGGACCGAAUAUGAACAGAUCUGAGCAGCAGCUGUAUGAACUGAAAGCAGAUGUGUCGCAAAUUAAUCCCAGCUCUUCAUUCACAGGAUGUGUACGUCUGCAUUCAGCAGAAAUGCUCCGGAGAUGAAGCAUAUGUUUCUUAUGUGGCGCUCUUUCGUGGGUUUAAUCAAAAUCUGUCACAGGCCCAAGAAAGACUCAUUUUUAUGCCUUCCUGUACAAAGCAGUAUUGAGUUUCCCUAUGACGUGUGUUAAUUAAUUAAUGCGUCUACUUGAUGACGGUCAAACAAACUGGUCUUGAAUGGACUUCCGGGUUCUUGUCUGAUCUCCACCCAGUCUUCUGUGUAAAUAAGCCAAACAGAGUUUCCUGUAAACAUAUGAUGUGCAGAUACUCCAGUAGAAGUUUGAAUACUCAAUGACAUCAAAUGAUCUCUGGUUACUGCAAAAUCAAUUGCACUUUUCAUGCAGGUCCUGUAUGCAUGAUACUAUUACUCCCCAUGAGAGUAAUGUGUGACUGAUCACAACAUGCCAUCCAGAGUCUACUACAGUGUUGACUGACCUGGAGUCAGUUGUCACCUGCUUAGCUUGGGCUUUUAGCUCCCCUUUUUAAAGUCUUUUUCUGGGCUUUAAUGCAUUUAUUUAGAGAGGAGGACAGGACAGUGGAUGGAGCAGGAAACUGGGAAAGCGCAAGGAACGGUAUGGAGCAAAGGCCUGCAGGUUGAGCUUGGACUCCCUGCUGUGAGAAGUGCAGCCUUUGUGACCAAAUUAGUGACCACAAAUAACUACUUUGAUUCAAUUUCAUCCACAAUUAUUUGAUUCACACACUCAAAUAGAGUUCUGUCGGCUUUUGUGAUGCUAGUGCGUCUCAUUAGCUGCACCUGUAUGCUUAGCUCACUGGUGAUCGUUCAGACUCAGUGAUGGUUUAAUGCAGUUCAACAGAAAGAAGACACUGCAGUGGCUUAAAGGGAUAUUCCGGCGUAAAAUUAAGUUAGGGUCAAACACACCGUAACACAGAGUUGGACAACCCGUUGAGAGAUGUGUUGACAAGCGCUUGCUUCUCUAGUUUGACCAAUUUUAGUAAUGACCGCACAAUACCAAUACAGAGAGCCAAGUGCUCAAACAAAACGCCACUCCAUAGCCAUAAAUAAUGCUCAGAACUAACUUCAUAAACAGUACAUACAGGGUCCCAACCACAGCACUAGCAACCAAAUAUCUUUUUUUUAACUUUGCCUAAUUUCUUUAGCAAAGAGAAUAAACACAACUCACCUACUCCCUACCAGCAGCCGCUUGUUUGUAGCGAGACCUCGGGCCAGUCCAUCAACUGGUGCGGGGUGACACAGCUCAAGGAAGAACAUUCAUGAUCAUUUCCUCAUGGAAAUGCAAUCAGACUGAGAUGCUAAGGCAGAAGAACUACCGCGUCUGCAGUGUAAAAUGAUUAAUAUGAUGAUUAUUAUGACAAGGAAAUGAUGAAGAAAUGAUCAUUACUGAAUGAUGAGGUCUCACUACAAGCAAACGACUGCUGGAGGAAAGUGGGUGUCCAACUCGGUGUUAUGGUGUGGUUGACCCUGAAUUAAUUUUACGCCGGAAUAUCCCUUUAACUAGAGUGUUGCAAAGGAGAAUAUAGCAUAUGUUAAAACAGAUAGACGAUUUAAGAUCUAGUUUUGAUAGAAGUUUGCACACAUGCUCAUGGAUCCUCUUCUUUUAUUGCUUUGCGGCCAUUUUUGUAGUUCUACAAAUUUCUCAACAUUUUAAUCUCAGAUUUACACCGCAGUAUGUGGAUUUAAGUAUAUAACUCUAGUUUAAUUGCUAAUUCUUUCUCCUCUCUCUCCUUCCCCUCCUCCUAACCCUGAACAGGCCCGACCAGACUUCCGAGACCCCCUCAUGGUGUCUUUAGAGUUUGGACUUGCUGAUGAGGAUCAAGGCCCCGUCUUGGAUGAAAACCUUCCUAGAUCCAUCAAUAAGACCGUAAGAAGAUGAUUUCAUAUCCCCUAAUAAACUCUCCGUCAUUGCUUUAAUGCCAAAAAACGAAAGCAGACAGAAAGGAUUGGAGGUCGACUCUUGUUGUCUGGCUCCAAAACACACUUCAGUUCCAGCACAUUAGCAUCUGCGACAGCUGACUGCCAUCUUUCAGAGUUUCCUAAAAGCUGCAUUCAACACCAGCAGCAUUCAGAGGACAGUAUUCCCACACUCCCACAUGCAUAUUUGUUCUAACAAGAGGCUGUCCGGAUAAUUGUUCCAAUGAGUGAUGUGUUCAGAUAAAGAGUUGAAAUACUACAUGAGAAUUUAGCUUCAACACGUAACACAAAGAAUGCCGUAAAAGCCUGAGCGUGUGAACACACAGAGUACAAACAACCACCGCCUCUCCUGACUUCUAAACACAGGAUCAUAUGUGCUGCAGUUCUGAGCCCUGACAGCGACGUGAGGAAGCAUUGUGACGACCUCUCCUGUUUUUGUUUUUAAAAGGAAGAGAAGGGACGCGCACACACACACACCCAGACGCACUGAAAAGGGAAGUCAUCAGGCGGAUGCUCUAGACAUUGUGCAGCACAUGAUAUUCUAGUCUCUUUCGCUGGGAGAGUUUACAGACUCUGUUGAUCUAAAGGGUCCAGUGGGAGAGCUUUGAGAAUGGGAACGAAUGCAAGUGUGACCCCUAAACACUCUGGGGGGAGAAGGGAAAGGAAAUUAAGGUCAUCUGAAUGCACCCUUCAGAACUGUAAGUGGUAACAAACAAACAAACAGCAGGAUAUUCAGACUCUCAUCACUCUACUUAUUUCUGUGGAAGGACUCCAGUUGUUUGGGAAAAUCAUCCAAAAUAUUUAUUCAGUUGACUGGUUUUAUAUCGUAAAAAAGGACCAAAAAAAAGCUUUAGACAGGCUCAUAGACUUAAAGGUGUGUUCCCAGUGAGUGUGCAAUGGUUAAGGAUUGUCUUACUGUCUAGUCAUGAGGUAACUGAGCUCUCUUAUGUGGACUCUUCCAUGUGUCUGCAUUCAUUUAGAUUCAUUUAGGCUUUACUAUUGGACUGGCCUUAUGAUUGUUCAGCCACAGUAGACCCGCGAAUGUCCUCUAGGUUACAUAUUCUACAGCAAAAUUAAACAUGUUGAGAAAAUCAAACUAAAAAAAGUUACGGCCUCAAAAGCUCAUCUGUUUUAGCUCACUUCAAGCCUAAGAGUUACGUGUUAAUUUGCAUAACUAAAGGGCAAGUUGCAGCUCUUUUUCCAAGAAGCUUAAAGAGGAAGGGUAAGACAUAAUAAUAAUAAUAAUAAUAAUAAUACAUUUUAUUUGAAGCGCCUUUCACGUCACUCAAGGACACUUUACAGAACAUAUAAAACAAUAAUAAAACACUAUUAACAAUUAAAAUCAUCAAUCAUCAAAACAGUUAAAAUCAACAAAGCAACAUUAAAACACGAACAACAGCAAAGGAAUGAGUAAAGAAAUGAAUAAUAGCAAUUGAAAUUGAAUUUAAAAAAGUGAGUUAGGGGUGGUGGGAGGGAUAGGCCAGUUUAAACAGGUGUGUCUUGAGUUUGGACUUGAAGAGGGGGAGGGAGUCUAUGUUGCGGAUGUGUGAUGGUAAAGAGUUCCAGAGUCGGGGGGCAGAGCGACUGAAAGCUCUGCCCCCCAUGGUGCUGAGGUGAACAGGGGGCACAGUGAGGUGGAGAGAGGAAGAGGAUCGGAGGCGGCGUGAUGGAGUGGCGAUGUGGAGGACAUGGCUAACUCUACUCCACCGCCACACUUCUCUGCAUUAUGAGGCAAUAACAGGGGCUUUAAUGUCCCACCCCUAAACAGCAGUAUGUCAGCACCCUGUGAGACUAAAACCAUGAUUUAUACAGGCCACAGUCCAGCCCCUUAAUCAAUGUGAAUGAAUGUUUAUCUUGAUUAAGUAUCAAAUAGAGUUUGAUAAAAGUUUUAAACAAAGCAAGCAUAAACAUGACAUUGCAAACCAAAUAAGUACAUCUGUAAGUGAUGAUACAGUAAUAUCUGACAUGUUGAUAUGUCAAACUGACAUGUUGUUCCUUCUAUGUAUUUAUCUGUCAGAUCUACAAAUUCAUUUUUACCUAACGUGAAUGGGGAUAGGAUGUUUUUAUAUUAUUAUGCUAUAUUAUUUAUAAUUUUAUCAUUUAUAUAUUUGGAUUAUCUCUGACAAUGUUUCGGUAAAGUCAAAGCUGAGUCCUUUUUGUUCAUUUUUACACCUUGAAUUUAUAUGUGUGUGUGUGUGUGUGUGUUGUAGAUUCCUUUAGUGGACUGUGGCAGUGACCAGAAGUGCAUUGCUGACCUCUCUCUCAAAGCAGAGCCGAGUGUGAAAAGGUAAAAGGCAGUGAUGGAUUUGUGGGAAUUUCACACACAAUCUGCUGUUUGUAUGACAAAAAUGAAGAUUGUAAAAGCUGACAUGAUUGGUCAUUCUUUCCCGUGUAUUGUUCAAAGAAAGACUUCGUUAUAACUGUUAAAAGAUGUUGAACACUGACUGUAAGCUAGUUUCACUCAAACAGCAGUGGCAAACUUUUCUAGUGCCUGACUGCCCCCUUGUGGAGAGAAAGUGCAUGUGCAUGAAAACCCCAGCAUACUGACACUUUGUUCAUGUCCCUCUGCAGCAUGGUGAUCAAAACCAGCAAAGACAGGAUGGAAGUGAACAUCAAUGUCAGAAACAGCAAAGACAACGCAUACAACACCAAAGUUACCCUCAGCUUCACACCGAACAUCAAUUAUGUCAAAGUUGAGGUGAGGUUUAGAGAGCCGCUUGUCCUUAUUUUAUAGUUCACAUGAAUAAAAUCAGUUUUUUGAUGAUGUUGUAUUUUGCAUGUGUUUCAUUAGCCAGACAAGUCGUGCACUCCAAACGACACCAAAGUGGAGUGUGCUGUGGGUUACCCUUUCCUGGGAAACAAUGGAGAGGUACAUUUGAGCAUGUGUUACUAUAAUCUGCCAAGGCUGGAACUUCACAGACGAUGUACCAGUUGUUAUUUCAUACUUGGUAAAUAUGUGAUAUGAUCCAUUAUCCACAGGAAAAUUUCAAAGUGAAGUUUGAGGUAAAUCCAAAACAUGUCCAGGGAGUAAUUCAGAUCAACAUCACAGCAACAAGGUGAGAAGAUCAGCACGGUGUUGAAAUUUCUUCACAUUUUGAAGCUUUUUCCCUCAUUUUCUUCAUAACUUUUCCAACAGUGACAGUGAAGAGCUGGACUCUACUCUACACGACAACUCAGUGCUAAUAACCAUCCCAGUGAAGUAUAGAGCUGGACUCUUAUUCUCAGUGUGAGUAACUGAUUAUGUGAACAGAUUUUCUUCCACAUUGCAUCAUAAAAAUACAGAUACAAUCCAGACAUGAUGACUUUUUAUAUUUGGAAAUUCAAGCACCUACAUUACCCAAAUUUUUGCCUCAGUCUAGACUUUAAUUUUAGGGGGUCACAUAAAUAAAUCAAUAAGCUUAAAGGCUCCAUAGUGAUAACAAUUUGUGAGAUUGAAGUAUACCACAGUGAUUGAACUUGUACAACAAAACCAGAUAACAAAGCAGGUACAGAUCCUCAUCGCGUUUCUCCGAAGGUGAACCCCGGAGGCUCGGAUCCAUGGCAUCUAUAAACCUCAGUGUAUGUGUAAAAUAUACUGAAGGCUCUUUCUGUGCAGAGUAGAAGUGCUGCUGCACGCGUCACAUUUUCAGUAUCUUGCCAAUGCACUUUCUAAGCUGCAAGACAAAAACUGCACUGUUGACUUUAGACUGGACUUAAGCUGGUCUAUGCUGCAGUGACCUUCACUGUCUUCACCUGCCACCUGUGUUCAGGACCACAAGAAUAUAUCCAACGUUCACUUGGGGGGGUUCAAUGAAACCCCAGAAUUCCCCCAGACUACACUUACAUACAUACAUAGAUAAGGUUCCCAAAUCUUUCAAAUGGAUACAGUAUUUUUUUAAUCCAUUAGAUAGAUGCAUUGCUGCAGUUGGGCAGAAAUCUUCCCCAUAAUUGCUACCACACAGGACAUGAAAAACACCCUUUUAAUUAACUACAAACUAAAUGAGAUUCAACCACACGCUUUUUAUAACACUUUUCAUCUGUCAAAUGUUAGACAGCCUGCUGUUACGCAUAAAGGAAGAUCAAUAGCAUUGAUUGCUGCAUAAAAAAUCAAAUUAAUAAAGUAUGCAAUGGAGAAGAAUUCUGUUUGUAUUUAGAUCUCUGUUUGAUAAAUCCAAAAUUAAUCUGAUCUUUUCCUUCAGACAUCCUACGGAUGAACACAUAGUGGUGAAAGAGGGGGAACAGCAUCCCCCUAAAAUCAAUGACACCCGGAUGAUUGGAGAGGAGGUCAACAUUAGCUACACGGUAACAUCUACUGACAGAAAUCAUAUGUCGUGUUUUGUUAUAGUAAAUUUGACCAUAUUCAUAUCAUGUUAUCCCAUAUUUAUAGUAUUUUACCCUAUUUUGAGAUGGAAUACUUAUCUCAUGUCUACCUAAAUGUGUACUGCAAUGCACAGUACAGUACUGUUUGUACAACUGAAGUGUCCCUCUCAAUCUCACAUCUUUUUAGGUGGUGAAAUCAGGUGAUAUGGACACGCCACCCCUUAGCCUGACAGUGACGUUCCCUCAUCUGUCUCCUCAUCAAAACCACUUACUAUACCUGACAGAUGUCAAACCAAGCCCACAGGUACAGUGUGGUACACAUAAACACAAAGCUGGAGAUGUGUUGAAAACAACAGUUACCUGCAUACCGGCCUCUGUUGUCUCUACAGGUGUCAUGUGAUGCAGAGCGCUGGAUCAACCCCCUGAAAAUCCCCCCUAAUGUCAUACCUUCCAAUCCAAAGAAAGAAACUCUAGGGGUUUACAUUUUGGUAAGUGAAAAGAAGGCUGCUUUAGACCAGUAAAACCAGUACUCCAGGUCAUUCAGGGGCACUGAGAUUUCUCCUAAAUAAGAGGGUCCUGGUCAGGUCAAUUAACAGCUCAUCAUGUGCCGCAUAUUUGAGGUAGGGGUGUGCGAUUUAUCGAGUAUACCCAGUGAAUCGUGGCUUACCAAACCUGAGAUAUACAGACAGGCUUUUGCACAACAGGACCUGUUUUUUUUAAAUAUUUGUCUUGUUUUUUUUCUUGUUAAUUUGCUUUUCAGAGCUGUGAAAAUCACCGCUGUGCGUCAUUUAAUUGCCAUAUCCCAGAGGCAACAUACGGUCAAGUCAAUGUCACAUUCAGGGUGUGGAAAUCUACGUUCAUUAAGGUAGGUUUGAUAUGACGCAUGAACAAGAUUAUAUGUAGCUCGUCUCACCCGCCUGUGUUGUUUUGUUAGUCAUUGACAGGAAUAAAUUAUGUUCUGAGAGGCAGAAUACAUCAUAUUCAAGUAAGGAAAUGUUUGAUGGUCAAUUUCUCACAGGGCGAAUUCUCAAGUCUCUAUAUGAUGGUGAACGCAACACUGAAAAGCCGAAGCGCAGACCUGUUUGAACUGAACAACGGUGACAGGAGCAGGAGCGUAAGUCAUCAAGUUUCAGUUUUGUGUGCCUGUACUGUCUUACUUUGUCAUCAAAUAUUUGUGUUUAUGUUAAUAUUCUUGGUUUGUAUAUGUAUGUUUGUUAGGUGAAGAUUCAGGUUACGAAGGAGACCUUAGGAGGAAUCCCAAUCUGGAUCAUCAUUUUGAGCAUCCUGAUUGGACUGCUGAUCUUAGCACUUGUAAUCUUCGCUCUUUGGAAGGUAAUAUUACUUGAACCCUAACUUGUUAAUAUCAACACCUUCAUACCUGUAUAUCUCACUUAAAGUAAACAAAAUGAACAGCAGAUUUCUUUUACUUAGUUUAGGCUUGGUUUAGCUAAGCUGAGUUUAACCAACUAGACUAGACAUGUUUAACAGUGAACAUUAAAAUUUCUGGUUUGCAGUUUUAUUUUGAUUUAAAAAAAUGUGUGUAGGGGCUACAUGUAUGUCUCCUCAGUCUUGUGUUGAAGGGUAUGGUAACAAAGUAUCGUAUCGUAAAGUAGUGUAUUGUAUCAUGAUACCAUAUCAUAUAUUUUUUAAAUUCCUAUCCGAUUAUAUCAUUGUAUCAUAUUGUAGCGUGGCGUACCAUAGCAUAUCAUAGUGUAACAUAGCGCAUCAUUGCGUAUUGUAGCGUGGCGUAUCAUAGCAUAUCAUAGCGUAUCAAAGCGCAUCGUUGCAUAUUGUAGCGUUGCGUAUCGUAGCGUAGCAUAUCAUAGCGUAUCGUAGCGCAUUGUUGCGUAUUGUAGCGUGGCGUAUCGUAACAUAGCGUAUCGUAGUGCAUUGUUGCGUAUUAUAUGGCGUAGCGUAGCAUAUCAUAGCAUACCGUAGUGCAUCGUUGCGUAUUGUAGCUUGGCAUAUCAUAGUGUAGCAUAUCAUAGCGCAUCGUUGCAUAUUGUAGUGUGGCGUAUCGUAGCGCAUCGUUGCGUAUAUUAGAGUAGCAUAGUGUAUCAUAACAUAUUUUAUCACACUAUUUGAUAUCAUAUGUAUUAUGUAAUGUCCUCUGAGUACUUUAAUGUCCCCUCUGAGUAGUUCACGUCAAAUUACAUUGUUUUGUACCAUAUUGUAUCAAAUUGUUUUUAUCAUAUUAUUUUGUGUCCUCAUGAUUCAUGUCGUUACUUUCUGUUUUUUCUUGUAUCAUCUUGUAUCUCGUCAUUAUAUAUCUUAUUAUAUCAUCAUGCUUUGCAUAACAUGUCUUCAUACCAUGAUAAGCCAUAGGUUUACCAUAACAUAUGGUGCAAUAUCAUAAUAGUGUUACACUUUGUCGUAUCAAGCUGUAUCCAGUGUUGUCAUAUCAAACUAUAUCCAGUAGUGUUGUUAUAUAGUGUACAUUUUUGUGCCUCAUGGUAUCAAAUGAAAUGAAAGGGGUAUUUAACAUCUGUAGAAAUCAUCUGGUUCAGUGUGUAGUUUGAUAACUGAACUUUCGCUCUUCCAGAUGGGCUUCUUCAAGAGAAAAUCCAGGGAGGACUACUCAAAGGAGGAUAUGAUGGACUGACACAGCCAGCAGCAAGGAACUCUAUGACCGACUGCUUCCAGAGCCAACAGGUCGCACAUCAACCAGGCAGGUGAACGGACAAGACACCAGAAGACCCAGGGAUGCAUCAGUGCUGUGACACGCUGAUGUCCUGGAAAGCAUUGUUACCAAUCAUUGUUCCCAGUAAAGGCACAGGUCAAACCAUGUUUGCAAAUACACCCAAAUUAGAGCUUCCUGUACAGUACUGGGACUUUUCAGGAGGUCUCAAACAAGUGGACAUUUUCUUCUAAUUGUACAAGUUAGGACUCAACGGGAGUACUUGCAAACACUGUUUGUUCUGCUUCUGUCUUGCAGAUCUUGAGUAUACAGGUUAGUCAGGUCCAGCUGUUCAGGAAGAGGAGCCAAAGAGGAGGAAGGAAUCAUGACUUAGAAAAGCAGCAUUUAUCUCUGUAACAUACAGUAGAUUCAACAAAUAACCUUCGGAGCAUCAAUAUCUGCACUCAAGCUUUCAAGAAAAAAAGUACUCAGGUUUUUCAGUCUGUUGUCCAAGUUUCCUUGCAUCCUUUCUUUGUCAAUACAGAAACAAUCUAGACGACCUUUUUCUUUGUGCGCUCGAGCAUGUGUGAACUUGAUGUGUUGAAGCAGUCUGUCUGAUAGUUGAGACUUUUUUAUUGCUUGUUUAGUUUCACACAACACUGAACCCUUUAGCAUUUUACACCAUCCAGGUUUUUGUUUUAGUAUUUUUGCUGCAUUUUAAAAAUUUCAACAUGGCACAUCCUGACUCUCUAAAUGUCAGCUGAAGACACUGACCUGACACACGUUUUUUGAGGCAAAGAUGCAGUCGUUCUCCAUCUAUUUAUUUUUUAUACCAUUCAAUUUCAUCCAAAAAGUCCACAAACUAAAAUGUACAAACUCCAAAGGUUAAAAGGUUGUUAAAAGUGUCAUCACGGCCUCAGAGAGCUGCGCCUUCAAAAUGCAAAACUUUGAUUGUACUGUAAAUAUACAUAAAUGCUCAAUAAUGUAAAGCUUAAAGUGUACAUAAUUGUGUUUGCUAUUUUUCAUGUAAUUUAAGAGAUGUUAUCCAUGUAUCUUUUUUUGUGAUCUGUGGUCACAGAAGAUGAUUUUGCUCAGGUGCUACAGGUAUCAUGAAUUCUGACAUUAACAUUUGAUACAUAUGAAAUUAUCUGGCCUAUGUCUUGAGUUUAAAGCUGAUGCAAAUAUGUAAAUAUUGUUAUAUUUUGAAGAGAAAAUGAAAGUAUAGGUAUUCUGUACUGCAAAUAUACAUAAAGAUGAGGGUUUGUAUCCACUACUUUUGUUUCUUUUAAUCAAACAUGAUCUUUCAAGCCUUUUUGGAUGACUGUGUUUUGAGUCUUUAACAUGGUUUAAUGACUUUUCACUUGGAAACAGACAGUAAAAUAUCUUCCAGUGUUGAUAUAUCUGUGUCACCCUUCACCAGCAGCUGUCAUAAAGUGACUGGUAUGUACUGGUUGGUGGAUUGUAGUGAAUUCAAACUUCAAAAUGAACAAAUAAUUAGCAUCCAGAAGCUCAGCAUCAGCCCUUACAAAGUUAGUCUUUCAGGCACCUGGUUUAUCUUGAUCUUGUUUUUGUUAUCUUGAUGAACAGCCACAUUAUACUGUAUGUUCAGAGAGAUUUGUGUGUCAAGGAGACUGUGUUUCUGCCCUUUCUUCAACUUUCUCCCUCACUGUCAUAAAAUAAAGCUGAGGGAGAAAAAAAAAAGAUGCUUUUGACUUCUUAAAUACCCCUAUCUCUCACUCUACACUGCUGAAAAGAAGCACAUGUAAUAGAUUGUAUGUACUGAAUGUGUAACUGGUAGUCUUUUUAAGAUUGUAUGGCUACAUCGGGCUUAUGCACGUGGGUGGACUCAUGGGUCCUCCUUUGCUCACUUAAAAUGUCCCUCUGAUGUUACCCUAGAUGUAAACUUGUGAGCUGAAGUAAAAAGUACAAAGUGAGACGUGAUCUCCACCCCAGCCUUCUACACUGCUGUGAAGUCCUCAUUGUAAUGCACUGGUUUGUCAGACUGUAUGCGUCCUCAUCAGCACAGAAAUGAACUGAAGUACAAAUAAAAUGUUUUUACAAAGAUCACCAAUCAUUCUCAUUUGUCCUCCCCAGAAAAUAGAUGUCUUAAAAUUGUGUUAAGUAUUGGUGUUCAGAGAAAACAUUUCGCUUGGCUUGUUUCGUAGUUUACACCACCUUUUAUUUUUCAAACAGAAUAAGCACCAGUCAUGCAGCACCCUACAAAAGCACAGCUCACAAUAGUGGUCCCAGAGCUAACUAACUCUCUAAUGAAUGUACAAAAUAUGGACACAGAAGCACUAAUUAGCUGGAAAUGCUGAUUAAGCAUACUUUAACUUUUUUUCAUACCAUAAUUUUAAAUUUAUAUUACUUUCUUUACAUACUAUACUAUACUUUUUUCAUACUUAAAAUGUAAAAUUUUAAUCUCACUAUACUAUGACAUUUUUUAUCAUACUAUAAUGUGAUAUUUUUAUUAUACUAUACUGUGACUUUUUUCGUACUAACAUUCAAAAUAUUUAUCAUACUAUACCAUGACAUUUUUAUCAUAAUAAACUUUGAUUUCUUUCAAACAAAAAUGUAAUGUUUUUAUCAUACUAUACUAUGACAUUUUCUUACUAAAAUUAAAAAGUUUCAUCAUGCUAUACUACUACAUUUUUUAACAUACUAUACUAAGAUGUUUUUUUUCAUACUAUCUUUUUUUCAUACUAUACCUGACCAUCAAACCCAGGACCUUCUUGCUAAGCAAGUGCUAAGCAUUACACUACAGCACCACCAGUGUCACAGUAGAUCUUUUUAUUUGAUCAUAUCAUAUUAUACUAUGACAUUUUUCAACAUACUAUACUAUUCCGUUGCCCCCGAUCGAACCGUAGACGGGCCGAGAUUUUGCUGCAUGUAUUUAAACGCUGUAAAAAAUGUAUUGAAACUUGACGGCGGUGUUUACUUUCAAUUCUCAAUCAAAGUUUAGACUCUAAUGUUCUCAAAACUGGGUCGGAUGUCUGUUUUAGUGUAAACGUUACCUUUUUAUGUCGAUUUUAAUCUGUCUUGGUGUCUCUUUUUUGCGACCACCACCGAAUCAAAGCUUUACGGUUUAGCGGAGAAA